AUGGGCAGAUGCUCCCACGCCCAGGUGUUUUUCAUAAGAGUCUCUGGAUCCUCAGCAGUACCUAACUUUCCUCUUUGGAGUGGGCUGCAGGGGAUACUGAGGAGCAGGAGAACCCCAUCAGGGUGAGUCUGUAAGGAACAGAAAUGUGAUGUGAGCUGGCCAUGGGGGAUAACUCAGAACAUUACCAAAAACUGGAACCACAGCAACUCUAGAUCACAAAUCAGAGUGUCUCUUAAAAUGGAUGAGAAUGGGGAAAUGUUCUCUGUAGAACAGGUAGAAGACCUGCCAUAGGAAAGGAAAUCAGAAACUUGUGUUCUAGCAGUGUCAAUGUUGUUGCUGUUUUUACCUUUUUUGGGGUUGGGUUUGUCUUUGGUGAUUUCAAUGAUAACCCCUUCUGUCAAACUGUACAACAAUAGAUCUGGAGAAACCUCAUUCGUGGAAUAGCUGAAGUACAGUUUGGAGAUGCUUUGAGUAUCCAGGUGUUGAUUCCCCAGGAGAUUUGAGCAAGUUGAAGAUACUUCUCAAUGUCUCCAUUUAAGGUGUACUGUAGCUGUUAGGACAGAUGUACAUGAUCGAGAGAUGUGAUAUAACCAGUUACCUGUUGCAUUCAUAAUUUAGAGGAACCAAAACUUCUGUUAAAUAAAAUAGGAAUUAAUAACUAUAUGUGCUUAGGAUGGUACAAGGACUAGAAACCACCAAAAUACCAGGGAAAACUGGACAGUGUCCCCUGGCAUCUUAAAGAGUUUUUAUUGUGGUAUAUGUUCUUUUGUAGGAAGGAACAUACAAAAGCAGAUUUGUUUGAUACUGACCCUUCCAUUUGGGUUUCUUCUUGUAUUCAGGCUUGGUUGCAUUAUUCAAAUGUCCCAUAUUCUAAUGUUUCCCACCCCACCCUUAUUUCUGAUUCAUUCAGCUGCAGCCGCUAUGCCUUGUUUCCGGACUUCACCCUCCUCCUUGUGCAUCCUCCUCUUCCUCCUGGCUUCUAGCUCUGCCUCUGAAGAUGAUACUGUGGUGGUCACCAGCAGCGGUCCCAUUAAAGGCAAAAUACUCCCAGCUGGCUCUGGCUCUGUGACCGCCUAUCUGGGCAUCCCCUAUGCUGAGCCCCCCAUAGGCAAACUGCGUUUCCAGAAGCCAGUUCCACAUCAGCCGUGGAGCCAGGUCUUGGAGGCCACCAGCUUUGGCAAUUCUUGCCUUCAGGUAAACAUUGAAAAAAUGCCAUUUGCAGAGCUAUUUGCUGCUAACACACCACUUUCAGAGGACUGCCUCUUCCUUAACAUCUGGGUGCCCCACCCACGGCCAGUCACACCAGUGCCCAUCCUCCUUUGGAUCUAUGGCGGGGGUUUUAUCAUUGGCACAGCCUCUUUGGAUAUGUACAGUGGGGCCUUGUUAGCAGCUACAGAGAAUGUCAUUGUGGCCUCCAUGAAUUACCGCGUGGGGACCCUAGGUUUCCUGUACAUGCCGCCAGAUGCCCCAGGAAACGUUGGCUUGUGGGACCAACAUCUGGCUCUGAAGUGGGUGAGUGAGAACGCAGCUGUGUUUGGCGGUGAUGCAGCCCGGAUAACUCUCUUUGGCGAAAGUGCUGGAGGGGCCGCAGUUGGUUUCCACCUGCUUUCACCUGCAAGCCAACCCCUUUUUGCCCGUGCUGUGCUUCAGAGUGGAGUUCCCAAUGCCCCCUGGGGUUGGAAGAAUCCUGAAAAUGCCCUAAGAGAUUCAGCGAAGGUGAGUGGCCUUGUGGGGUGCCCUAAAGCUAACCACAGUGCUAUGGUAAACUGCCUACAGGGGUUGGAAAUGAACAGCACAAUGUUUGAUGCCUUGCAAACUUUCUUCUCAUUGACAACGGAUGGGGAGUUCCUCCCAGAUGAUCCCUCAAAGCUGCUGGAGAGUGGCCUUGUUCACGGCAAACCCAUUCUCACUGGCGUCACUGCUGAUGAAGGGUCAACUAUGGUAUUUUUUAUGUUUCCUAACAUGACAGUGAAGGAUGCAAUACUGACUCGGGAGCAGGCCCUUAAAGCAGUCAAUGGAACUUUGAAAGGAGCAACCAAACAAAAUCUUGACCAGGAUGUGAUACAGAAGUACACUGAAGGUAGCCAUGGGUCGGAACAAUAUCGUUUGGCCAUGAGUCAUUAUAUGGGAGAUUACUUCUUUGUGUGCCCUCUGCUAGAGUUUGCUGAGAAGGUGGGGAAAGAUAAGAACCAAGUUUAUGUUUACUCCUUUGACCACCGCAAUCCUGACUCUAUUUGGCCUGAAUGGGCGGGGACACCUCAUGGAGCUGAGGUACCUUACUUGUUUGGAAGCGUGGAAUUAGUGUUGCAAACAAACCGGUCGGAGGUGAAGGCCGCUGAAGCAGAAUUGAGCCGCCAAGUGAUGCGAUACUGGGCAGAAUUUGCCAGAAGCGGGUAAGGCAUUAAUCAAACACUUUCGGAUCAUCUGUGUCAUUGAUGGCACCUUUGCACAGUUUGUGAAUGUGGUUCAGCUUGAAUGUUGUGGGUUGUCUACCUCCCAGCAUGUUUCCUUUGCUGAAAGGCUUCCAUUUUGUGGAGGACGGGUGGGAUUCUCUCUGUCCAGUCAUUGGGCGUCUCCCUCCCCAGUUCACCCCUCUCACCUGCUCGGUUCUGUGCCAUCCUUGAGGGCUUUUCCCAGACUGGAAUAUGUCCUUAAAGUGAGGUAAUAUUUCUUGCAUGCCUCGAUGGAGAGAGAGAUGUUUUCAUGGCAGGAAUGUAGCCUAUUGUACAAGGCAAGGGUCACAUCCAUUGACCGGCCGACUUUUGGCUCCCUAAAGCUUAUGUAUGAGGUAAUGUGGCCCCUGCUCUGAAAGGCGUUCUCCACCUCUGCUGUAGUUAUCAUGGACAAUGCCUGGCUGCACCUGUGAGCAAGCUUCUAUCACAGCAUGUGUGAUCCUGGGUUGGAGGGCACCAUUUUGAGAAACACAGCCAUUUUUCCUAAAGUGAAUCUGUUGCCCAUAUACAGGACUGCUGUCAGCAACUGGAAUCCUUGCACAGCUGCCCACUUCUGAUGUCCGCUAUGGGGCAACUUUUAUUUGUGGCACAGCACUCCCAGCAGCACUGGGAGCAAGGUUUAGACAGCGUUUAAAUCCUGGUGUGGCUUAUCUAUUUAUUGCAUUAUACAACACUGGAAGCUUCACCCUGCAAACCAAUCUGAGGCUGAGAUAUGGCUCUGAUUUCUUUGUUUCCUCUACAGGAAUCCCACUGGGUCCACGGGAGAUGAGGCACAGUGGCCUGUCUACAACGCCGCAGAGCAGAAGUUCUUCCACAUUGGCACAGAUGUGGCAGCCCAGCUCAAACAGAUGUCACCUAGCCCACAAUGCGAUUUCCUGAGCUCCUUGCAUUCUAAGGCCACACAAACAGGUGUGAUUAGGGCCCUUUUAGGAAAGGAACCAUAUGCAGUUCCCAGCUCUGGAUUAGAAUCACAGAACAGAAUCAGAGAAUUGUAGAGUUGGAACAAACCUCAAGGAUCAUUUAGUGCAAGCCCCUGCAGUACAGGAAUAGGCAGGUGGCUCAUGAGGGAAUGAGACCCGUGGCCUUGGCGUGAUCAGAACCAUGUCCCCAGUGCAACCACUAGGAGAAGGGAUAUCACUGAGAGUAGGCAACACUUCUGUGAGGGCUGCACAAAGAGGUGGCAUUGUGGGGCAUAUGUUAUGGGCCCACACCCCAGGAGAGGGACCAUGGACAGGAUCCGUCCCCACCUGCUUCUCUUCUUUACCAUUGCAACCUGCUUGUACACCUGCCUGUCACCCUGGCUCAGACAAGGGGUGGGUGGGUGAAAAGGCAAAGCAGUGGAUGUCCCUGUCUGCUUGCCUCUCCAUCUGGCAAACAAGCCGGUGGUAGCAAUGAGGAGAAAGGUGAAUAAUACCAGCUGGUGAUAAUGCCAGAGUGGCGGUUGACUCGGUAAGAGAAGGGGCCUCAUGAUGUGUGCUUUGUUCAAGGGCCCUCCAAAAUUUGAAACCAGUGCUAUCUUCUGUGAGCCCAGAAUGUUCUAGAACAAGGCCCAAAUAUGUCCCUCUCUAAGAAAGAGUUGCCUCAGCAUAUCAGGCACCAGUGCUGAAAGCGAAUCAUCAUCUAGCUGUUCUUUCUCACAUCACGGUCCUGUUCAGUUCUCCUCAUGGCCACUUCAAGAAAUUGAGGGCGGUUUUCUUUUAUCAAAGGUUCUCCACAAACUCCCCACAGCAGUAUUGUUCCCUCAGUACUCCAAGGUUCCUCUUCUCCUCUUCCCUCACUGGCUUAACCACCCUCCAAAGGUCAUUCUCCCAACACCCCAAAUCCCUUAGCAACAGGUGCCAAGGCUGCCCCAAACCCUCAGCAUUUACUUGCUUACAAUUCAAUUCUUUCCCUUGUUUUCCCAGGCAACUGGCCUAAUGAAACAUAUUAAAACAGCAAGAACAUUAAACAACCUAACAAAACGACACGAAUAGAUAAAUUAUCUUCCACACAUAUUUUCAUGAGUCCUUGUCCACCUAAAUUGCCGGCAGCUGCAGGAAUGUGCGGAACUGAAUUUAAGAAUGAAGAAAUGAGAAACUGGGAGAACCAAAAUUGGCAGAUCUGUCUAUCUUUAUUGGGUACUGGUCAGGGAUGAUCACCAAAGGUCAACAACAUCUGGAGGGCCACAGGUUCCCCAUCCUCUGCUUUUGAAAAAGGCCUCAUCAGUUCCCACAGCAUUCUGGUACAGGAGGCAUGAUGGCUGCAUGCUGUGGAAAAGGAAACCUUGUUGUUGUCAUUGUAGGAGUAGCGGCAAUGGUUUUUUUUUUUUAAAUAAAUUGGUAAAGUGAGGGGGGAAAGGAACACCUGUUCCCCUCAGCCACCUCUGAGAGCUUUGCCCCUGAAGCAGCUAAUACCCCAUCUUCAGUGGGGCAUGAAGGGUACCGUAAAAAUGUGGGGAGGUGGAUUCUGCUUUUGCUUAAAAAACAAGUCAGGAGACUGAGCUAUCACCUGCAUGGAUAGUUGUUUGACUUUCUGCUUAUCAGUUUUCCCCCUCUGUCCCACCUUUGUCUUUCGCAGAAAAAUCUCCAGAAGUUCCUGCUUCAUCUACUUUGGAGAAAGAUGUGAACAGUGCGACAGAAACCUAGAAAGGCAGAACAGGAAAUAUCUUGCAGCAAGUGAAACGGGAAGCUCUGAAAUGGGAAAAAUCAUGCCUUAGAAACAGUUUCAGCUAGGCCUGCUCCUUAACACAACUAUUCACAACGCAGCUGUUCAUUGGGACAAAACUGACUGAAGAAAAAAACAAAUGGUUUGAUAGGCAGUUGAUGAAAAUGUAAAUCCUGCUCAGGCAUUUGGUACUCUGGGCAACUGAGUGCAUGAAUGGGAUCUGCAGAAGACAUGGGCUCAUUUAGGGUUUCCAUCCCCAAGGAGGGAGCCACCUGCAUAGAAUAAUAGAAUCAGAGUUGGGAGGGUCCCAAGGGUCAUCUAGUCCAACCCUCUGCAAUGCAGGAGUCUCAGCUAAAGCAUCCAUGACAGAUGGCCUAUGUUGUUGUCGUCGUUUAGUCAUUUAGUCGUGUCCGACUCUUCGUGACCCCAUGGACCAGAGCACGCCAGGCACUUCUGUCUUCCACUGCCUCCCGCAGUUUGGUCAAACUCAUGCUGGUAGCUUCGAGAACACUGUCCAACCAUCUUGUCCUCUGUCUUCCCCUUCUCCUUGUGCCCCCCAUCUUUCCCAACAUCAGGGUCUUUUCCUGGGAGUCUUCUCUUCUCAUGAGGUGGCCAAAGUAUUGGAGCCUCACCUUCACGAUCUGUCCUUCCAGUGAGCACUCAGGGCUGAUUUCCUUAAGAAUGGAGAGGUUUGAUCUUCUUGCAGUCCAUGGGACUCUCAAGAGUCUCCUCCAGCACCAUAAUUCAAAAGCAUCACUUCUUCAGCGAUCAGCCUUCUUUAUGGUCCAGCUCUCACUUCCAUAUGGCCUAUAGGACUCCUUUAUGCUGAUGUCAGUCAUGCAUCCCCUAGGCAGCAAGGCCUAGCCUGUGCAUUCUAGAGAGGCUCUUCAAACGUUCAGUAUAAACAGGUAGCGAGUGCUUGAGUGGGACUGAAACUGAAAGGAAUGAAGUGAGUACAGCUCUCAGAGGGCAGCUGGAUUACCCCUUUGUCAUCGUUCACAUUCAUAGGAUUUCCCAACCACCACAAGAAGAUAUCAAGAUUAGGGAUCCUUGAAGCUUUUGUUCCGUCUGAAUUUUUCAUUGAACAAAUGUAAAUGUGUCCGUCCUGAAAGAAAUAUGCAGAUCAGAACACAGGCAGACUUUGGUUUUCACAGUUCACUAAAUAUUGCAUACUGGGUUUCAGCUCAGAUACAUACCAAAAUGCAUAUUAAAAAGGGAUGUGCUUAGUUGAAAUGUGUAGAUAAAGGCAGACUUUGUGAGGAAAUAUAUACGUUCGAAAAUAAUGCAAGUGUUUGGUGUUUUGUUGUUGUUGUUGUUGUUGUUGUUAAAAGGAAUGACAGGAAUGAUAGCUAAAUCUAUGCAGGUCUUUCCAAGAAGUGAGGUUCCCAGAUGUUCUGGGAGUGUAAAAUAUUUGGCAGCUGAGCCAAAUGCUAUUGUGUGACACACUCACUUUGCCAUUACUGUUCCUUUGGCCUCUAAUUAACCACCCCAUUUAAUAAUAAUAAUAAUAAUAAUAAUAAUAAUAAUAAUAAUAACAACAAUAAAUUAUUUAUACCCCACCCAUCUGGCUGGGCUUCCCCAGCCACUCUGGGCAGCUUCCAACAAAAUAUUAAAAUACAGUAAUGCAUCAAACAUUAAAAGCUCCCCUAAGCAGGGCUGCCUUCAGAUGUCUUUUAAAAGUCUGGUAGUUCUUGUUCUCUUUGACAUCUGGUGGGAGGGCGUUCCACAGGACGGGUGCCACUACUGAGAAGGCCCUCUGCCUGCUUCCCUGUAACUUGGCUUCUCGCAGUGAAGGAACUGCCAGAAGGCACUUGGCGCUGGACCUUAGUGUCUGGGCAGAAUGAUGGGGGUGGAGACGCUCCUUCAGAUAUACUGGACCGAGGCCGUUUAGGGCUUUAAAGAUCAGCACCAACACUUUGAAUUGUGCUCGGAAACGUACUGGGAGCCAAUGUAGGUCUUUCAAGACUGGUGUUAUGUGGUCUUGGCGGCUGCUCCCAGUCACCAGUCUAGCUGCUGCAUUCUGGAUUAGUUGUAGUUUCUGGGUUACCUUCAAAGAUAGCCCCACAUAGAGCGCAUUGCACUAGUCCAAGCGGGAGAUAACUAGAGCAUGCACCACUCUGGCAAGACAAUCUACGGGCAGGUAGGGUCUCAGCUUGCGUACCAGGUGGAGUUGGUAGACAGCUGCCCUGGAUACAGAAUUAACCCGCGCCUCCGUGGACAGCUGUGAGUCCAAAAUGACUCCCAGGCUGCACACCUGAUCCUUAAGGGGCACAGUUACUCCGUUCAGGACCAGGGAGUCUUCCACACCUGCCCGCCUCCUGUCCUCCAAAACCAGUACUUCUGUCUUGUCAGGAUUCAGCCUCAAUCUGUUAGCUGCCAUCCAUUCUCCAACCGCCUCUAGACACUCACACAGGACCUUCACCGCCUUCACUGGUUCUGAUUUGAAAGAGAGGUAGAGCUGCGUAUCAUCCGCAUACUGAUGGACACCCAGUCCAAACCCCCUGAUGAUCUCUCUCAGCGGCUGCAUGUAGAUGUUGAAAAGCAUGGGGAAAGGACAGAACCCUGAGGCACCUCACAGGGGUCUGAACACUCACCCCUCCCACUUUCUGAACACGGCCCAGGAGGAAGGAGCGGAACCACUGUAUAACAGUGCCCUCGGCUCCUCUAGACAGUCCAGAAGGAUGUUAUGGUCGAUGGUAUCAAACGCCGCUGAGAGAUCCAGCGGAACUAGAAAACAGCUCUCACCUUUGUCCCUAGCUCGCCGGAGAUCAUCGACCAGUGCGACCAAGGCAGUUUCAGUCCCAUGAUGAGGCCUGAAUCCCAACUGGAAGGGAUCCAAAUGGUCUGCUUCUUCAAGGUGAGCCUGGAGUUGUUCAGCAACCACUCGCUCAAUCACCUUGCCCAAGAAUGGAAGAUUUGAGACUGGGUGAUAGUUGGCCAUACUGCCACAGCUAAAGAUGGUUUUUUAAGAAGCAGUUUGAGAACUGCCUCUUUCAGUGGGUCUGGGAAGGCUCCCUCGCAGAGAGAAGCAUUCACCACCCCGCGAAGCCCAUCGCCCAGCCCUUCCCGGCUAGCUUUUAUAAGCCAGGAUGAGGAAGGAUCAAGGAGACAAGUGGUUGGUUUCACUUGUCCAAGCAGCCUGUCCACAUCCUUUGGGGUAACAGAUUGGAACUGAUCCCAUGCAACUUAACUUACAUAAUCUAUAUUUUAAAUAGCCUGGAAAGAGUUUACCAGCCACAUUCUUUUUUAAAAUUGAAAUGUUUUCUCAGCAGCAUUAAAAUUAAAGAAAUCAUAGUGAGUCUCCUUCACCUCCAUGUAAGUGACCUACUGGUUAACCAGUGUAUCAGUAGAACCAGGCUACCCAGUGCUUAUGCUGGAACAGAGACCCAGUAGACGUUCCUAUCUUGUUGGACUACAUUUGCUAUUAUCUCUACCCAUUCUCUUCUGGUGGGAGUUGCAGCUGAACAAUAGAUGGAGGGCCACAGGAUCUUCAGCCCUGGCUUUGUACAACCAGAGGGAGAAAACUGGGAUUCAUUACAGGUAUAGUUGUAAAUCUGUAUAGAAAAGAAUAAACCUCAUAGAGUGGUGGAAGCAUAAAGCUCAGGAAAAAAAAGUAGGGAUAAAACUAGGUUUGAACCCAGCAUGCCUCAAACAUUGACACGUUGGAAAGAGUUGCAUGCCAACAGGAUCGCAGUGCUUAUGCAGGAUUCAGUUUCCUUGGAAUGAUGGACAGCGGAGACAGUGGUGCUUUUAGGAUAUAUGAAUAAAUAUCAUUGCCUGCAAUGAUAUCUUAGGAAUGGGUGCGUAUUGUUAGGUAGAUUUAUUGCUUUAUUGUCCGGCGUCCGGCACACUUCCCCUGCACGCCUCUGCAGGUCGUAAAGCAAUUAGCAGAAUUGCACAGCGUCCGUGUUGAAAGGGCAGUAAAAGAAGUCCCACACGUUUCUUCUGUCCUAGUAGCACUUUAUUUGCUCAAAAGUAGCAUAUUUACAAGCAAGAAAUUCCAUCUGAUUCAAGCUGCAUUUUUCUCUGCGUCCUUCUCUCUCAGUGUGCAGCUGCGUAGCAAAGCUGCUUUCACUUUUCACUCAGCUCACAGCAUUCCAAGCUGCUUUCGUCACGUCCUGGCUUACUUCCCUUGUAAGCGCCUCCUCUCAGCCUCGAGACACAGAAGGUUAACCCUUCACUACACCCAACACCCCCUCUUGUCUCGCGCCUGAGGGGAGAAUCGACCCUGGGUUGUCCCAAACCCAGACCUUCACAAAACUCCCCAUGUCUUUGGAAGGUGAGUGGCUUCGUGAACCCAUCAGCUAGGUUCUUGGCAGAGGGACAAUACUUCAGCGCAACUAAUCCCUCCUGAACACUCUGGCACACAUUCCAAAGCGAAUGUCUAGGUGUUUAGUUCUGGCCUUGAACUGACCUGACUCUGCCAAACGCAGGCAUGGUUGAUUGUCCUCGAAAACACGUAUCGGCAGACAAUCCACUUCGCAGAGUUCCUGCACUAAACAAGCAUAGAACUCUACUUCUCUGCACAUCUCUGAAAGAGCACUAAACUCAGCCUCAGUGGAUGAGAGCGCUAUAAGACUUUGCUUCUUGGACCUCCAUCCAACUACUGAGUUCCCAAACUUCACCACUAGGCCAGACACAGACUUGCGAUCCUCAAGAUUAGCCCAAUCCGAGUCCACAUAGCAAGUCAGUUUGACUUCUCCUUGUGCUGGCAACCUAAGACAAAAGUCUUUGGUCUCCUGCAAAUACCUCAGAACUCUCUUGAUGCCAUUCCAGGCUUGCACACUAGGGUUUGAUGCCUCCCUGCUGAGCAGAUUGACAGCAAACGCUAUAUCAGGUCUGCUCCACUGGGACAAGUACAACAAACUCCCUAGGGCUGACUGAAACACUUCAGUAUUUUCGAACGCAGCGCGUUCUACUUGCUGGCUGUCCUUCACAAAACUAGUCUCCAUAGGACUACUCACUCCUGCACAAUCACUCAUCCUCAUUUUCUGAAGCAAUUGCUUAAUUUUACCUCUCUGGCUGAGCAAAAAACUUCCAUCCUGUGCACGCUCAACAUUGACACCUAGAUAGGUUUUGACAGCACCAAGCUGUUUAAGCUUGAACCGUUUACCUAGCUCUUUGGAAAACUUCUCCGCCUGUUCAUCUGUUUCUGAGAAGAAAAGCACGUCAUCAACAAAAAUCAGCAAACACUCUUGUGUUGCUCCUGAACCUCUCAAAUAAAAGCAACUAUCAGCAACACUUCUCCUGAAACCUAGCUCUUCUAAGGCUUCAUUCAGGCACAUGUUCCAGUUUCUAGCAGAUUGACGUAAUCCAUAGAUGGAUUUGUGCAAUCUCCACACAACAUCCUGCCUUAAGUUCUCAAACCCUGGAGGAGGAAUCAUGUACAGCUCCUCCUGGAGAUCUGAGUUAAGGUAGGCAACAUCCACAUCAAAGUGGUUUACUUUCCAGCCUCUCUGUGCUGCACAAGCUAAAAGCGUUCUCAGAGUCUCUGCUCGUGACGUUGGCGAAUACACCUCCGUGAAGUGUAUUCCCUUCCUCUGAGUAAAUCCUCGAGCAACUAACCUGGCUUUAUACUGCGGCUCUCCUGCACCAGUGGGUUUCAAGCGGUAAACCCACCUGGAACUCACAGCCUGCUUGCCUGGUGGCAACUCUGUGAGUGAGAACACACCUAGAUCUUUCAUGGACUUCAUCUCUUUGUCCAUUGCCCUGUGCCACUUGCCUGCUUCUUCCUCAGGUAAACUCUGAAUAUCCUCGAAGGAUUCAGGUUCACAUCUUGCAGAACCUACCCAGACGCCUGAAGCGUCGUACCGAUCAGGAGGCCUCCUUGUCCUCGCUGAUCUCCUCAGUGUGAAUCCUGGUGACCCUGCCGCUUCACUGGGUCCAGCUAAAUCAUCCUCAACUUCAGUGUCUUCCCCCUCUGACCUGCUGCGCCUCUUGGGCCUUACAGCUGGUCCAGCAGGUGAGGAAGGCUCACUCUUUGGCUCAAACUUAACACUUGCCUGAGGAGGUGUUCUAGGUUCCCCCCUCUGAGGGAUCCUGAGUUGUCCCUGCCUUGGACUCUGUCGCUCUGGACCGUGGUCCCCAGCAACAAGUUCCUCUUCCUCCUCAACGUCUGAGUCAUAGAACUGCUGUGGAAGCAUGUCUGGAUUAGCAUGCAGACGCUUCCAACCGGCUUGCUCACAGAACUCAGCGCUAUUGCUAAUAACCAACCUAGACUGGUCUCCACUUGGGUACUCAAACCGCCAGGCCUUUGAGCCAGGCUCAUACCCUCCAAAGAUCAUUCUUUUAGAUCUUGGCUCACCUUUUUUGCGUAGAGCCUUUGGAAUAAGCACCCAAGCCUCACAACCAAACACACGAAGGUAGUGUACCUUGGGCUUCCUUCCAUGAAGUAAGAAAUACGGUGUAUUUCCUACACUAGAGUUGUACACUCUAUUCUCCGUAUGGACCACAUAGCGCCAGGCCUCAGACCAAUAUUUCUGGGGUAGCCCUGCGUCCCACAGGAUCGCAGACACAGCUUCCUGCACCGUCCUGUUCUUUCUCUCUGCCAGCCCAUUCUGUUGCGGAGAGUAAGGAGCGGUCAGUCUGUGGCUAAUCCCCUUCUCCCUAAAGAAAUCCUGUAAAGCAGAACCAGUGAAUUCAGCACCUCUGUCACUUUGAAAACCACAAACUUUGGUGGAAAAGGUUACCUCAACUGUGGUGAUCCAAUCCCUGAUCAUUUUAGCCGCCUCCCCUUUCGUUUUCAGAGAGAAGGACGUGUUGAUUUAAAGCAGAGUCUGUCGUGCCCAGCGGAAGGAUGAGGAAAAUGUGUUACAUACUCUAUAUUGCUUUAUUUACAGUUCAAAGCUGGUAUAUUACAGAAAGACAUCUUGCCUCUGUCGAAGCAGAAAAAUGCAUCCUCUCUCCUCAACAGCUCGGAGAGAAUCACACAGUGAAAAACAGGAAACCAGUGUACGUCACAUCCAGUCUCCCUUUCCCGUGAGAAACUCCAACAGUAACUCUGACUGUGGAAUGCAAACACCUGUCUUGUGACUGCAGUUGCUGCACAGUGAAGGAAAGCAGAAACCAACAUCCUCCCCCUUUCUGUGAACAUCACUGGGCAGCGUGUUCGUACAAUAUCAGUACAAACCCAACUUCUGCACAUAGGUACAGUGUUGAUCCCUUGAUACAAUCUUGGACAAUACAUCAGCAGGAAUUUCAUUACCUGGCAUAUAGGACACCGUUACGAGUCCCUUCUGAAUACAUUCCCUUGCAUGCUGCAAUUUUAAUUGCAAGUGCUUUGUGCUUAGCUUACAACCUUCAGACUUCAGCAAAGCCAAACAUGCUUUGUUGUCCUGGUAAACCUGGAUUGGACAUUUGACAGGAAUUUUCAUAUCUUUGCACAAUUGUACUAACCAUUCACAAUCCUUAAGUGAAUAAGACAGUGCAUUCAGUUCGGCUUCACAAGUACUUAAGCUAACUGUUGUUUGCUUCUUGCAUGACCAAUCAAACAGACUCUGAUUGUACAUGUAGCAAACUCCAGACGUACUUUUCCUGUCUGUAGCGUCACUUCCAAAACUUGCAUCUGCAAAUAUCUCAAGACCACCAGACUUCUGAUUGUUAAAUCUCAGUCUGUAAUGCAUAGUGCCUUUCAAAUACCGCGCUAUGCGUUUCAGAGCUUUCCAAUCCUUGACACUAGGAUUGUUGACUUGUCUGCUUAGCAAAUUACAGCUAACAGCAAUGUCUGGUCUUGAACAUCUGGCAAUGAAGUUUAGCUUGCCUAGCACACUCCUGUACAGUGUAGUGUCAGAAAAUGCUUCUUCAGUGUCAUCUACCUGAUAACCUGUUGUCAUCGGUGUGUCUACAGGGUUAGCAUCCAUCAGAUUUAGUUUGCUUAACACAUCAGCAAUUUUCCGUGACUGGUGUACUAGAAUGUUACCAUCUUGAUCUCUCUCAUUUCCAGAGAUAGGUAGUUGUUUACCUCACCAAGAUCUUUCAUGUCAAAGUGCUCUUUCAGUUGAGCUAGGGCGCUAUUGUACAUUGCAACAUCUUUCCAAAAGAAUAAUAAAUCAUCAACAUAAAACAAACAGUACAGUUUCUUUUGCCCCUCCUCUUUGACAAAUACACAUGGAUCAGCUUUCCCUUGCUGAAAACCUAGAGAAAACAAUACUUCAGUGAGUUUUGUGUGCCAACACCGUGCACUUUGUUUGAGACCAUAAAGGGAUUUCUUCAGAGCACAAACAAAUCCCUGUUUUACCUGUACGCCAUCAGGUGGAAGCAUAUAAAGUGAUUCAUCUAGAGAUCCGUACAGAAAAGCUGUAUUAAUAUCAUGGUGACUAAUGUGCAGAUUUUCCUCUGCAGCUAGCUUAAGCAUAAGCCUAAUGCUUUCAUAUCUCACUGUGGGUGAAUAGGUCUCGUGAUAGUCUUCACCUGGUACCUGUGCAAAACCUCUGGCUACCAAUCUGGCUUUGUGUCUGACUAUCUUGCCAUUUUGAUCUGUCUUCGCUUUGAAGACCCAUUUGCUUCCAAGCAGUUUCAUUCCUGGAACUACUGGAACUAGCUCCCAUGUUUUGUUCCUUUCUAAGGAAUCAAGCUCAGCCUUCAUGGCAUUUAACCAUGGCUUAGCUUCCUUUGAAUCCAAACCCUGGAUUUCUUGGAAACUUGAAGGUUCAAAUACCUUCUUGGAGCUUUUAACAGCUGUUACUGCUAUCUUAGCAAACUCAUCAGCAAAUCUCUUUGGAGGUUUGCCUUUUGUGGCUCUCUGUGACCUACGAAUUAGCCUUAAGUCUUCAACACUCUCCUCUUCCUUCUUAGGAGAAAAACGACCUAUUGUGAACAAUGGUUCCUCCAAUUCUUGAUCAGAGCUUUCAGAGGGUCGCAUAGAGGCUUUCGCACUCUGAAAUCCUCUGAAUCACCCGAUUCAGUUUCAGAUUCAGACUCAGAACCUUCAUCAGUGGGUGUGGGCUGUUGUGGUUGCUUUUGACUAUCCUCAGUCUCAUCACCGUCAUCAGGAUAACAUCGGAAAAUUCCCACAUUCUCCCCCCACUUUGCAUUGUACUCAACACUUCUCGUGAGCUUAAUUGUCUUAGAGUCAGUCAUCAUUAUUCUGUAAGACCCUUUCUGAUAACCUAGAAAGAUACCAUGCAAUCCACGCUUGUCUAACUUGGAGUUUUGUGGUGAGCGAACCCACAUGUCAGAACCAAAAUCUUCAUGUGUUUGAUGUAUGGCUUCUUGCCAAACAUCUUCUCAUAGGGGGUACAACCAAUCGCUGAAGAUAAUCUGCGAUUGUAACUGUAAACAAAACACGAGAGAGAUUCGGCCCAAUAACUCUCUGGAAGAUUGGCAUCAUGCAGCAAGGUUUUUAACCCUUGAAGCAAAGUCUGAUUUGCCCGGUCCGCAAGUCCAUUCUGCCAUGGCGAGCGAGGACUAGACAAAUCGUGUUGAAUUCCUUUCUCAGUCAGAAAAGCUUCAAACUGCUGAGAAGUGAAUUCCCCGCGAUCACUGAAAAGAGUCUUUAUCUUCUUACCAUGCACAUUUUCCAACCAAGCACAGAAUUCCUUGAACCUAGGAAAAGCCUCCGAUUUCUGCUUGAGAUUGUACACAAAAAUAUAUCUAGAAAAUGCAUCAAUGAGAACCAUGAAGUAUCUAUUUCUACCUAAAGAGGGCGCUAGUGGUCCAACCAAAUCAGCAUGAACAACCUGGUAUGGUUCUGUAGCUUUCCUACUAGACACCUUACCUUUCGCAGCCAUUUUCACCUUGUUUGCUGCGCAUGCUUUGCACUUCAUGUGGUACCUGCAGGGUUUAAUAGUCAUACCUUCAACCAAGGCAGGCAUUUUAGAUACUGCCUCAAAAUGCAAAUGACCAAAUUUGCGAUGAAAAUCGUGAAUACAUUCUGCAUGCAAACUUUUGUUAGAACCUGCAAUGCAACAAGUGUCAUCCUGCACCACAUCAUCAUAAUACAAAACAAACAAACGAUCAACAUAUUCUGCAUGCAAUACAUAAUCAUUUUUCUUGGUGAUGAUGCACUUCUUGUUCUUGAAGGAAACGUCAAUGUUCCGCUCAUUCAGCUGUCCAACGCUGAGCAGAUUAUGUUUGGCGUCUGGCACGUAAAGCACAUUCUGUAUCGAUAAGUCCAAACUGUGAAGAACAACAGUUCCGUAGCCUUUACUGGGAAUAGUGUGGUCAUCCGCCUGGUGAAUCGCACCUUCCUGCGGUGUAAAAGACACAAACAGUUUCUUAUCGUUGCACAUGUGGUGGGUGGCCGCUGAAUCUACAACGAAGAAAGAUCUAGACGUCUUCUGGACCUCUGCAACCUUUGGAGUGAAGCGUGAAACCAUAGCCUUGUGCUGCGUUGUCCUAGACACCGGACCUUUGCCUUUGCCUCGGCCUUUUCCGCGCGAUGAGCUUUCGCUGCGCUGCUCUGUCUUGGCCCUGGGAUGUCUGCAUUCCCUCUUCAUAUGGCCUAGACGUCCACACGAGUAGCAUUUGACUGCCUUCAAAGCUUUGGCGCCAUCUGGUGGUUCCACUGCACUAUGGGAUGACGUCUGUGAAGACUCCCCCUUGCCCAUGCAGCUAGCACCCCGGCGAUCUGCUUCAUUUAAAAUCACGGCAGUAACAAAGUCCACUGUCAGCUGAGCAGUUGGUUGCACAGCAAUCUGGGUUGCAACAGACUCCCAACCUGAACCCAAAGAUUGUAGUAUCAUGAAAGAAUACACAGCCUCUGGAAAGUUGAGUCCUCUCUGUUGCAGCUCAUGUCUCAGAUUUUGCAUCUCCAUCAGAUGUAAACGUACAUCUCCACCUUCAGCAAGAGCCAUAUUAUGCAGCUUGUUAAAAUAAAACAUAGUGGAUCCCGCUUCUGUCCUUAAGUGAGCCUCUUUCAGAGCGUCCCAAAUUUCUCUGGCUGAGGUCUUAUCACGCAAUAGACAGAGCUCUUCUGGGGAUACUAUCAAUGUAAGAGUUCCCCCUUGCUUUGGAAUCCUUAGCUUCCCAUGCAUCUGUAACUGGAACUGGGGGGGUUUCUGUAAUCACCUCAAACAAACCCUCUUUCCGCAGAAUUGCCUCUGCAUACUGAACCCAGUCGCUAUAAUUUUUCUUGUUGAGCUUAGGAAUCCCACAAGCAUCCUGAAGGGCCAUCAUGACUCUGGCAUUAGCCUUCAGCGUCAUAUGCUGCUUUAAAUCUUGCUGCGUCACUGCUGCAGCUGCCUUAUCCAAAGGCGCACUUAAAAGUUACUUUCGAUUUCCCCAGCAUAGUGACUUGUGCCUGGGAGCCUUUGCCUAUUCCCGGCAAAACCGGCUUUAAAAGUUCAAAGUCCAGCCAUAAAGCCAUUAACUUGAAGCUGGCAGGCUGCCCGGAGCAGUAGCACAUACCUCAUCAAUCACUUCUACGCGCAGAGCAGAUUCCUUUCCGAUCCGUCCCUCUGCAUUCCGAUCCUUUGCCGGCACUCCGAUUCGACCUCUGGAGCCCAUAACCACGUGUUGAUUUAAAGCAGAGUCUGUCGUGCCCAGCGGAAGGAUGAGGAAAAUGUGUUACAUACUCUAUAUUGCUUUAUUUACAGUUCAAAGCUGGUAUAUUACAGAAAGACAUCUUGCCUCUGUCGAAGCAGAAAAAUGCAUCCGCUCUCCUCAACAGCUCGGAGAGAAUCACACAGUGAAAAACAGGAAACCAGUGUACGUCACAUCCAGUCUCCCUUUCCCGUGAGAAACUCCAACAGUAACUCUGACUGUGGAAUGCAAACACCUGUCUUGUGACUGCAGUUGCUGCACAGUGAAGGAAAGCAGAAACCAACAGGUCCAAGCAGACCUCGAAAAAUCAUCAAUCAAAAGCAGAGAAUACUUCGAACCUCCCAGUGACUCAACAGACAUGGGUCCACACAAAUCUGCAUGAAUUAAUUCAAAGGGUUGUGUGGUCUGCCUCUCUGAUUUUGGAUAUGAGCAUGUCACAACUUUCGCCUGUUUACAUGCAUUGCAAUCUAGAAAUUUGUCACAAACAUUAAAUUUGCACCCUUGUGUCAGCUCUGGUGCUUUCUGGAGAUAUUUCCAAUUCAAAUGGGCGAAGCGUCGGUGCCAAAUAUGUGAACAACCAUUGUGGGGUGCUACAUUCACACAUUGGCCCUUCGCAUCUUCGGUGUCAUCUUCUCCUGUGGAAAAGGCACAUUUACAGCAAACAAAUUAUCUUUAGACUGCACUGUGUACACGUGUUUCCCAUCCUUGGAGAAUUCACAUUUGUCACCUGCAAAAGAAAUUUGAAAACCAUUGAUCAGUAGAUCAUGCACACUUAACAAACAGUUAGUUAAACCGGGCACUGCAUAAGCUUUGACUUCAUGCUUAAGGAAAGGACAGAAGAACAGUCCUGUCUCUGUUAGCCUUUUUCUGCUCCCAUCUGCAAACGUAACAUACUUCUCAGUUUUUACUGUCCUGCAAUUCCUCAAAAGAUCAGGAGAUGGCACCAACGAAUUUGAGGCACCAGAGUCUAUUAUUACAGUGAGAAAGUCUUGUUGUUUACAUUUCUGGGUCGCCAGGGCAACAAUCUCCUCACUACCCCCCUCCUUGGGGCUUCUGCAGAUGUCCUCUCUGGUUGUCACGGCAACAGACUCCCCCUGGCAGGAAGACUUGCCCACGACCUUCACAGCUUCCGUAGAUGCAACUCUCUCAGUUGCCAUGGAGACUGGACUUGUCUCGGCGUUCCCACACAACUCUGAAGCUCUUAUCUCUACUUGCUGCAGGUGGCUGACCUUGAAGCCUCUAGCUCUUUUCAGCUUCCCAGGCUCCGACUCACGACGUAAACAACUCUUGGCAGCUUUUGGAGAAAGAGGCGUCUCUGAGCUUUCACUGCUCACUGCCCCCCCACUGCUCACGGGGUCUCCAGGACGUUUUCCUGCACCCCCUCUGAUGGGUGAAGGGCUCCCAACACUUGGCCUCUCUCCAGGCUCCUCACACAGACACGUUGCAGCAUCCACACAGCUCCCAGGCUCAGCAAAAGCACAAGCAGCAUUAACAGCAACAGCAACAGCAACAGUCCCUUCGCCCCCCUGUGGGGGCUCCCAGCUCCUCCCAGCUGUGUAUCGGCUCUCAAGAAUGUGGCCGGCGCCAUCUUGCCUCUCCCUUUCGGAUGCAGCCACUUCUCGGCCCUUGCUUCCCACUCCAGCUCCACAAGCUUCUUGGAGUGCUAGCCAAGCGGCCUCUGGCUUUCUUGCACCCAGGACAACAGGCACCAGAUGAGCAUCCACACUUUCUGCCAAAAAAGCAAGCACACGCUUCUCAACUUCACUUUGCUCUGCAGCCCUCGUAGCCUCUGCUUUCCCAGCUGCAUUCUGUGGGGGGUGAAUUACAUUCCACAGCUGCUCCCCCACCAGCAAAAGCUCCACUUGAAAGCUCCACUGCAGCCAAUUUUGGCUAGUCAGUUUCUGACAUGGCAGUUUAAGCUCAAAGCCAUGUUCACAGGGCUGAGCCAUUGCCUCCCUUCUGUUGGCUUUUUCCAAAGGGUACUCACUCACUCAGCCAAACUGGGAACUCCGGAUGACGUGGCUCUCAGCUCCCUCUCCAUCAGCCUCCUCCGAUCUGCCCUUUGAAGUCUUGCUUGGCAGUCGAUCAAGCUGACGAUCAGCAAAUAAAGCUUCAAAGCCCUUUCUCACACGCUUCACGUUGACCCAUAACCAUGUUAGGUAGAUUUAUUGCUUUAUUGUUCGGCGUCCGGCACGCUUCCCCUGCACGCCUCUGCAGGUCGUAAAGCAAUUAGCAGAAUUGCACAGCGUCCGUGUUGAAAGGGCAGUAAAAGAAGUCCCACACGUUUCUUCUGUCCUAGUAGCACUUUAUUUGCUCAAAAGUAGCAUAUUUACAAGCAAGAAAUUCCAUCUGAUUCAAGCUGCAUUUUUCUCUGCGUCCUUCUCUCUCAGUGUGCAGCUGCGUAGCAAAGCUGCUUUCACUUUUCACUCAGCUCACAGCAUUCCAAGCUGCUUUCGUCACGUCCUGGCUUACUUCCCUUGUAAGCGCCUCCUCUCAGCCUCGAGACACAGAAGGUUAACCCUUCACUACACCCAACACGUAUUGUUCAAAAGCUGCUACUUAAAAAUCCAAAAUGGAGUUCCAGGUUUCUUAAAUGAGGGGUUGUUGUGGUUCCUAUCCAGAAGACAAUACUGUGGUACCUCAGGUUACAUACGCUUCAGGUUACAUAUGCUUCAGGUUACAGACUCCGCUAACCCAGAAAUAGUACCUCGGGUUAAGAACUUUGCUUCAGGAUGAGAACAGAAAUCGUGCUCCAGCGGUGUGGUGCUACCUAAAGUGGUGCUUCAGGUUAAGUACAGUUUCAGGUUAAGUGUGGAGCUCCGGAACGAAUUAAGUACUUAACCCGAGGUACCACUGUAUAAGAAGAAUAACCCCUAUGAGCCAAGCCCUCUUGUAGUCCCAUGCUUUUUUUAAUAAAAAAAAUGGUAUUUAUUAAAAUUUCAAAAAAAUACAAGGAUUACACAAAAACAAAAAAUAAAAAUACAGAAAAAUACAAAAUACAGCAAGAAGAAUAAAAAAAACCCUUAUUAAGAUAUAACAAAGCAAUGAAAAAUAGAAAGAAACAAACAAAAUAAAAACAGUUAAAAACACAUUAAUUUUCCAUAGCAUAUCUUCCUUACACUUAUUUCCCCGGACCUCCUCAUACCUCCCUUUUUGUAUUCCAGUUCAGUUUGUUAGUUCAGCAAAUCCUUACCAUUAAACUUUUACCCAUUUAUAAACCUUUUUCAUACCUUUUUCCAUUUGGCCUCCAUAUUGAGCCUUUUCAGAGCUUUUGCUUCCAUUGGUGACAGCCACCUUGGGGUUUUAUUUUCCAAUAAAUCUUUAUAUCUUAUCCAGACAUUAAACAAUGCUUUCCUGACAAUAUGAUUUUUGAAUGCUUUGUGUGCUUUGACCUUAUCAUACCAUAAAUAUGCAUGCCAUCCAAAUACGUUGUUAAAACCUUCUAAAUCCAAAAUGUCUGUGUUUUCAAGAAGUAGCCAUUCUUUCAACCAGCAAAAAGCUGCUGAUUCAUAGUAAAGUUUAAAGUCUGGCAGGGCAAAUCCACCCCUUUCCUUUGCAUCAGUUAAUAUCUUAAAUUUUAUUCUGGGCUUCUUGCCCUGCCAGACAAAUCUAGAAAUCUCUCUCUGCCACUUCUUGAAACAGUCCAUCUUGUCCACAAUUUGCAAUGUUUGAAACAAAAACAGCAUUCUAGGCAAUACAUUCAUUUUUAUCACAGCAAUACGACCCAACAGUGAAAGCUUCAAAUUUGACCAGAUUUCUAAAUCUUUUUUCACUUCCGUCCAACAUUUUUCAUAAUUAUCUUUAAAUAAGUUCCCAUUUUUGGCUGUCAUAUUAAUUCCCAAAUAUUUCACUUUCUUUACCACCGUCAAUCCUGUCUCAUUCUGAAACCUAUCUCUUUCAAUCGGUGUUAAAAUUUUCUCUAAAACCUUAGUUUUUAACUUGUUCAAUUUAAAACCUGCCACUUGACCAAAUUCUUGAAUUAAUUCUAAAACUCUUUUGGUACUAGAUUCUGGCUCCUGUAACGUCAAUACUAAGUCAUCUGCAAAUGCUCUCAGUUUGUACUGUUUGGCUCCGACCUGUAUACCUUUAACCAACAGGUCCCUUCUAAUCAUGUUUAGCAAAACCUCCAGGACCGAUAUAAAAAGCAGUGGGGAGAUUGGGCACCCCUGUCGUGUCCCUUUUUCUAUCUUAAAUUCUUCCGUGACCACAUUAUUUACAAUUAAUUUAGCCUUUUGUUCAGAAUAUAUUGCACCUAUACCAUUUUCAAAACCUUGGCCUACCCCCAUCCCAUGUAGGUUCUUCUUCAUAAAACUCCAAGAGAUAUUAUCAAAAGCUUUCUCCGCGUCCACAAAUAUCAAAACUGCUUUAGUGUUUAUAUUCACUUCUAAUUUUUCCAAGAUAUCAAUUAUAUUCCUCAAAUUGUCAGACAAGUGUCUUCCCGGGAGAAAGCCCGCUUGAUCUUUAUGGAUCUCUACCAUCAAUACUUUUUUCAAUCUCUUGGCCAAAAUAUCUGCAAAAAUUUUGUAAUCCACAUUAAGUAACGAUAUAGGGCGGUAGUUCUUAAGCUGGGUCUUUUCAGUCUCUGUUUUCGGUAUAAGUGUAAUAUAUGCCUCUUUCCACGACUCUGGCGCCCUUUUCCCUUCCAAUAUUUCAUUGCAGACUUCCUUCAAAGGUUGCAGUAACCACUCUUUCAAAGAUCUGUAGUAUCUAGAAGUCAGCCCAUCCGGUCCUGGAGAUUUGCCCAGUUGCAUAUUUUGUAUGGCACCUUCUACUUCCUGUUCAGAUAUUUUAUAGUUCAACAUUAAUUUACUUUCUUGAGAGAUUUUUUGUAAUCCAUUUGUCUUCAAAAAUUGGUCUAUGUCCAUUUCUUUCUGUGGCCCUUGUGUAUAUAAUUGUUUAAAGUACCUCUGGAAGCAAUUUCUAAUCUCAAUUGGGUUAUGUAUACUCUUUCCUUCCACUUCUAGGUUUGUAAUAGUAUUUAAUUUUUGUCUUUUUUCAUUUGCCAGGCCAACAAUUUCCCACAUUUGUUAGCUGAUUCAAAUGUUUUUGUCUCAUUUGUUUAAUUUUCCAUUCUAUUUCCUGAUUCAUCAUUUCCAUAUAUUGUACUUGAUACAAUUUUAUUUCUCUCAAAAUCUCCUGGGACUUUGGUUUUGCUCUCAAUUUCUUCUCCCCUUCUUUUAUUUUCUCCAAAAUUUUAUCUUUCUUCUCAUUUUGACUUCUCUUCUUUAUUGCAUUCUGUUGUAUCAGAAACCCUCUCAUAACAGCUUUGCUUGCGUCCCAGAUUACUCUUUUUUCUACGUUGGUAUUCAUGUUUAUUUCAAAGUAGUUCCUCAAAGUUUUUUGGGCCUUUUUGUACACUUCUUCAUCUCUAAAUCAGGUGUCAUUCAUCCUCCAUCUGAAGGAUCCGGUUGUUGUUUGUUUCAUCUCCAUCCUUACGGCGUUAUGGUCAGAGCAGGUUUUUGGGCAGAUUUCUACUUUCUUUAUCUUUGGUGCCAUUCCUCUAGUUAUCCAUAUUUGGAUGUCAUCUUGGCUUCAGAAAAGAAAGUUCCCUCUCUUCCCAGGGGGUUCUUUACUCUCCAAAUGUCCACUAAGUCCAUGUUGUCUGUCAUCUCAAAGAAUGUUUUCGGUAAUCUACCAUCCUUGGUAACUACCUGUCUUUGUGCCUUGUCCAUAUUUGUAGAUACUACUCCAUUCAUAUCCCCCAUCAAGAUCAAAUUGUAGUCCAAAUAAUCCAGUAAAAUCUGAUGCAACUUUUUAUAGAAUUCAGAUUUCCCCUCAUUCGGUGCAUAGAUUCCUACAAUCAAAAAUUUCUCUCCUUGUACUUGAAUUUCAAUUGCCAAAAAUCUUCCUUGGUCGUCUUUAAAGAUAAAUUUCGGUGAUAGUCUCUCCUUUGCAUAUAUCACAACUCCUCUUUUUUUUACUUUGUCAGAUGAAACAAACUCCUGUCCUAAUCUUUUAUUAAUCAGUAACUUCCUAUGUGCCCUUGUUAUAUGUGUUUCUUGUAAACAAAUCAAGUCCCAUGCUGUCCAACCAUGGCAGAGCUCAGUGGCAGGAGUGGCCAGCCAACCAGUCAAGUCUCAGGGUGGGUGGGUAUUUGCCUGGAAGCAGAGUCUGUACGCAAAGUUCACCCCAGUCCUAAAGUCAGGAGGAUCUCAGUUCACAAAGUCAAACAGUCCAGAGGAUCAAGGAAGCUGAGAGUCCAGGGUCACAAGAAGCAAAAAGCAGCAAGGUCUGGCCAGGAAAGAUAGAUGUUGUUUCUAGCAACGGACUGAGGCUGGAGCCAUCUGGUUCUCCUCACGAGCAAGAAGGUUGAUCAGCAGCAGUUGGAGUCACUCUGCCUUCUGCUCCUUCAGGCUGCUGCUCAGCAGGUGAAGCCGACUCCUGGCCCAUGACAAGCCCUUUGUGCUGACAGAAGAAGAAGAAGAAGAAGAAGAAGAAGAAGAGGAGGAGGAGUUUGGAUUUGAUAUCCCGCCUUUCACUCCCCUUCAGGAGUCUCAAAGCGGCUAACAUUCUCCUUUCCCUUCCUCCCUCACAGCAAACACUCUGUGAGGUCAGUGAGGCUGAGAGACUUCAGAGAAGUGUGACUAGCCCAAGGUCACCCAGCAGCUGCAUGUGGUGGAGCGGAGACACGAACCCAGUUCCCCAGAUUACGAGACUACCGCUCUUAACCACUACACCACACUGGUUUUCACUUAAGCACUGCAUCUUGUUCUGAGAGCCAGGCUACUGUUUGGUUGUAUUUGUGGACAUUGGUAUUACUCCGUUGCCAAAGGACAGAAGGAUGGCAAUAACUUUGGGCUGAAUCCUUUUAAGUUCUACUCAGAGUGGACACACGCAAAUCAAUGGUCCUAUCAUAGUCAUGUCCUUUAAUUGUAGUGGAUCUCCUCUGAAUAUGACUUAUUUUGGAGGCAGCCCGUUGUCUCCCCCGCACCUUCUCCCAAUUUAUGUAAAAGCAAGGCCUCUCUGACCCCUGACAUACAUUCGGAUGCUGCCAAGGUGUAGCCUCCUCCCACUGGGUGAGCAAAGCCAGUUGGUCAUUGACUUUUGCUUACGUACAGAUGGGCAGAUGCUCCCACGCCCAGGUGUUUUUCAUAAGAGUCUCUGGAUCCUCAGCAGUACCUAAAUUUCCUCUUCAGAGUGAGCUGCAGAGGAUACUGAGGAGCAGGAGAACCCCAUCAGGGUGAGUCUGUAAGGAACAGAAAUGUGAUGUGAGCUGGCCAUGGGGGAUGACUCAGAAAAUUACCAAAAACUGGAACCACAGCAACUCUAGACCACAAAUCAGAGUGCCUCUAAAAAAUGAAUGAGAAAGGGAGAAUAGGUAGAAGAUCUGCCAUAGGAAUGGAAAUCAGAAACUUGAGUUCUAGCAGUGUCAGUAUAUAUAUAUAUAUAUAUAUAUACCCACCUACCCACACAUACCCCUUUUUGUGGGAGGUUUGGAGGUCUUUGGAGAUUUGAAUGAUAACCCCUUCUGCCCAACCGUACAGCAGUAGUUGUGGAGAAGCUUCACCAAUAGUACAGUUUGGCGAUGCUUUGAGUAACUGGGUGUGGAUGCCCCAGCAGAUUUGAACAAGAAGGGGACUCUCUUCAAUUUCUCCAUUUAGGGUGUAGCUGUUAGGAUAGAUGUGCAUGAUCGAGGGAUGGCUUGUGUUAUUUUAUUUAUAUUUAUUGUUUAUUUAUUUAAUAAAAAAUAUUUUUAAAAACCUGCAAAGUGGUUUUCCAAAACAAAAAACAAAAAAACCACAAGCAGUAGAAUCAAGAAAAAUUAACAAUCCUACUUUAAAACAUACAAAAGCUAAAAUAUUAAGACUGAAAUUACUUCAACUUCCUAAGCAUCUAGGUAUGCUUGCCUAAAGAAGAAUGCUUUUAGCAGGUGCCCGAAAAGAGUCUCGCAAAGGCACGUGCUUUGUUGCAAUAGGCGGGGAGUUCCAAAGUGCAGGUACUGUCACAGUAAACAAUGCGGUACAGAUAUUAUGUGGAACCUGUAGUAGUGCUUGAAACUACUGAAGGGGAGGUUUUAUUUAUUGUGAUUUCACCAUGCUCUGUAUUAUCCGAAAAGGAAAACAUUUAUUUAAAAAAACAGGACUGCACAGCAGCAAUCUAGUCUCAUCAUGAUGAGUGGGACUUAUUCCCGAGCCCACGGUGCAUAAGAUGGGCUGCAAUCCUAUGCACCCCUUGCAUCCAACUUGUGCCUAAAACUCUGCACAAGCCUGCACCAGAGAAUUGUAGAGUUGGAAGGAACCCCUGAAGGUCAUUUAGCCAAACCCCAGCCUUGGGGAGAGGGGGUGGGAAUGUACAGUUUGCUGUACUUAGCCUUGAGAUGGGAGUCUGAAAGGGCUUAAAAAAUAAAAGUCUUGUGUCUAGGAAUAUUUUUCUGCAAAAGCAUCAGACAGCUUGUCAAAAGUGUGAACUUCAUUAGUAGACCCUAUUUAAAGGAAUUGGUCAGUUAGCCACAGAAUUGCUUUGCUGAUUUUUCUCAUCUUCUUUUAAUUACACAACUGCUUUUGGGGGGUCCUAGCUUCAUGCAGGGAAGAUUGGGGGCAAAGGGGAGGCUGCCCUGCUUGAGCUCCUCCUCCUGGUGCCACGCAUGGGCAAAACUGGGCGGUGGCACUGCCACUGUCCCAAAAGCUCCGCUUUUGGGGGAAGCAGAGGCUUUUCAGAGGGGGAUUGGGGCCUGAAGGGGGUGCGCAGGACAGGCAGCGGCCUUGGCAGGCUUUCCCAGCAGCCCAGAAAGUCGGCCUAUGUGAAGAAAAUGAGACUAGGCCGAGUAGAUUCGGCCUUGCCUUGCCUUCGCCCCGCCCCCAACCCAGCUGGCCAAUCGGCUGCAUGCAGGAGGCGGGGUGAAGGCAAGGCAAGGCCUAAUCUACUCAGCCUAGUCUCAUUUUCUUCACAUAGGCCGACUUUCCGGGACCCGGGAAGCCCGGCAGAGGUUAGGGCAGUAGGGCGGUUCAUAAAAAAACCUUUUUUUUAAAAAAAAAUGCCUGCUCCAAAGGUCUUAUCUUACUUAUAUAUAUAUGAUCUUACUAGGGAUUGUAUAGCUAUAUCUGAAAUUUCAUGAAUAUCAGUUAAUAUCUUGACCCUGCUCCACUGAAUUGAAAUUUCAGCCUUCACUACAUACGAAAACGGCUGAGUAAACAGCUAUUUUUGUGGAGGAGGGUCAAGAUACUAACUGAUAUGCACGAAAUAUCAUAUAUAGUGGUACCUCGGGUUAAGAACUUAAUUUGUUCCGGAGGUCCGUUCUUAACCUGAAACUGUUCUUAACCUGAAGCACCACUUUAGCUAAUGGGUCCUCCUGCUGCUGCCGUGCUGCCCAAUUUCUGUUCUCAUCCUGAAGUAAAGUUCUUACCCAAGGUACUAUUUCUGCGUUAGCGGAGUCUGUAACCUGAAGCGUAUGUAACCUGAAGCGUAUGUAACCCAAGGUACCACUGUAUAGCUAUAUAAUCCCUAGUGUAGUAAGAUAAGACCUUUGGAGCAGGCAUUUUUUUAAAAAAAGUUUUUUAUGAACCGCCCUAGUAGGGCAGUAAUUGUUCCUUGAUAAUUUGUCACCACCCUCCGUAAUGGCACCUGGGGUGGCCUGCCCCCCCUGCCCCCCUUCCUACGCUGCUGCCCCAUGCCACUCCUAUUUCUGAUUCUUUCAGCUGCAGCCGCUAUGCCUUGUUUCCGGACUUCACCCUCCUCCUUGUGCCUCCUCCUCUUCCUCCUGGCUUCCAGCUCUGCCUCUGAAGAUGAUACUGUGGUGGUCACCAGCAGCGGUCCUAUUAGAGGCAAACGGCUCCCAGCUGGUCCUGGCUCUGUGACCGCUUACCUGGGCAUCCCCUAUGCUGAGCCCCCCAUAGGCAAACUGCGUUUCCAGAAGCCGGUUCCACAUCAGCCGUGGAGCCAGGUCUUGGAGGCCACCACCUUUGGCGACUCUUGCCUUCAGUUUAAUAACGAUUCCUUCCCUGAUCGACCCAUAUGGACUCCAAACACACCACUUUCAGAGGACUGCCUCUUCCUCAACAUCUGGGUGCCCCAUCCACGACCAGUCACACCAGUGCCCAUCCUCCUAUGGAUCUACAUUUUUCAUAAUUAUCUUUAAAUAAAUUCCCAUUUUUUGCUGUCAUGUUAAUCCCCAGAUAUUUAACUUUCUUAACCACUGUUAAGCCUGUCUCAUUCUGAAACCUCUCUCUCUCAAUCGGUGUUAAGUUUUUCUCUAAAACCUUGGUUUUUAGCUUGUUCAAUUUAAAUCCUGCAACUUGACCAAAUUCUUGAAUCAAUUCUAAAACCCUUUUAGUACUAGAUUCUGGCUCCUGUAACGUCAAUACUAAAUCAUCUGCAAAUGCUAUCAAUUUGUACUGUUUAGCUCCGACCUGUAUACCUUUAACCAACUGGUCCCUUCUAAUCAUGUUCAGCAAAACCUCCAGGACCGAAAUAAAAAGAAGUGGGGAAAUUGGGUGUCAGGGAACUGACAUCAGAGCGGGAGGCGAAGGGGAGGCUCCUGGAUGAUGCUGGAGAAGGACCCAGCAGCAGGGGGAGAGGCGACUCAGUGGAGGGGGAAGCAUUUAAGCGCAACACCAGGAACAAAAGUGAGCAGAUGGGCAACCCGGAGAGAGGGCUCACGGACUCUUCACUGGAACUCAGUGAGGAGGGGACAGGUCCCCACUACCCACGCCCACCCUGCGCAGAAGGCUCCCGCGCAGUGAGAGGCGGAGGAGAUUGGGUGUCAAACAACUCUUAUGUUGGAAGAGAUUCAAGAAACGCCCACUGACGGAUUCUGCUAGUGACUGAGACAGUCAUGAUGAGAAAGGGCUGUGCAGUCAGAAAGGUUUAACAAGGCAAAUUAGCCUAGAGAGGCACCAGUUUACGCACGAGUAACUCAUACUCAUUACAGCAAUCCGUCAGUCCCUGAAAAGUUGCUCGUGCGCAGCAGCAGGCAGGCAGCAUCAUGAGCAAGCCCGGAGAAGCAGGCACCCAAGGGGGAGCAGCUGGAGGGCAAACGCUGGAGGAGAGGAACCGAGAUUUGGAGCAGCAUGUGGCCAUUCUGACGGCACGGCUGGACGAAAGGCGGUCUCAAGAUGCACAGGUCAGACCCACCCCCAUAGCAAGGAAGGUACCGGGACUGGUGCACAAGUUUGGGGGGAAGCCGCAAGAAUACAGUGCGUUUAGAACGGAAAUAGAGUACGCAUUGGAAUUGCAGCAUAACGAUUUUGAAGACGACGCGGCGCGGGUGGCAUAUGUUGUGGGUCACCUGCAGGACGGGGCCAGGGAAUGGGUCAGACCCCUUAUGGCGACGCAGAAUUCCGCCAUGCAGGACCUGAGGAAAUUCUUCCAAGCAAUGGACGCGAUGUUUUCCACUGAUGUUCAAAAAAGUGUGACAAAGCGGGAAUUGAUGAACUGUAAACAGGGGAGCCAGUCAGUUAGGGACUACUGGUCGCGCUUUGCCAUGAUAGUUCACCGCCUCGGGUGGGAACUGGGCUCCGAACCCAUACAGAUGUUAUUCGAGGAGGGGUUGUCCCCAACGGUUAAGGAUGAACUUUCCCGCGCACCCCGCCCACAGGGGAUGGAUCAGCUGACCAAGGCUGUGCUUGCGAUUGGCGUGCGCCAGGAAGCGCGCGCCCAGGAGAGGCGGGAAGGGAGAGAGCAACGUUGCCAUGACUACCGCAUUCCUGAAAUACCAAGGCAGCCCUCCCCGCCAGCAGAGCCAAUGGAAAUAGAUGGGCGCGCGCGCGGAAGUUUCAAGCACCAGCGAAGGGCGCAAGAAGGAGGGAAAGGAUUGGAAAACCUCCAAAAAGUGUUACCUUUGCCAGCGGCCAGGCCAUUUUGCCAGAGCCUGCCCUCAAAGAAAGGCUUGGCAAGGAAUGGUGGGAACCGCAGGGGGUGAGGAGGAGGUGGUAAAGGAACAGGAACAGGGAAACGGGAACGCUUGGCUGCCAAUCAAAGGGCACAACAGCCAAGCCAGCCACCAGUAAAAGUGCCCCAACCAGACCCCCCCAAGGCGUCAAUAGCCAUCGAAGUGGUGCUAGAACUCCCGAACGGGCACCCAGUCAAGGUGAAAGGCAUGCUGGAUUCAGGCAGCUCAUGUAAUUUCUUCAGCAAGGACUUUGCAUUAGAGCACCAGCUCCACUUACUGCCUUUGGAUUUCCCCUUGCAAGUGACCACCAUUGAUGGCAGGGAGCUUCUAGGAGGGGAAGUGACACACCAAACCCCGCCAAUGAGAAUGAGGGUGUCCAGGCACUUGGAGACCAUCGCCUUUCACGUCGCCUCGCUAGCAGGACCCCCAAUAAUAUUAGGGAUGAGCUGGCUAACACAACAUGAUCCAGUGGUGGCGUGGCAUCAGAGGACAGUCACCUUUGGGUCAGCUUACUGCCUGGAACACUGUCUAGGGGGGGAAGCCCCAAGAAUGACCGUGGCCAGGGUGGCUGGGAUGGCGGUGGAGCGGAAAGGGGAGGUGCCGCCACAAUACGCAGAUCUGCGGGAGGUCUUCAGCGAAAAAGAGGCAGAUAGACUGCCCCCCCCAUAGGCCCUUUGACUGCCAGAUCAACUUGCUUCCGGGGCUCAGCUGCCAGUGGGUAAGCUGUACGCCAUGUCAGACAGGGAGAUGAAGGAGUUGCGAGAAUUUAUCGACAAGAACCUGAAAAGAGGCUUCAUAAGAGAAUCUAAGGCAGUAGGGGGCAGUCCGGUGUUCUUUGUGGACAAAAAGGACACAAAUAAACCCAGGCUCGUAGUGGACUAUAGAGCUGUCAAUUUGGUGUCAGAACACGUGACCUUCCCAAUGCCCAGGAUUGACGACAUUUUAACGCGAGUGAGGAAAGGCAAAAUUUUUACCAAGCUGGACCUCAGGGGCGCAUACAAUUUGAUCAGGAUGAGGGAGGGGGACGAAUGGAAGACCACAAUGUUCACACCCCUAGGUGCCUUUGAGUACUUAGUUAUGCCUUUUGGAUUACAGUCGGGCUCCGCCUGUUUUCAAGCUUUCAUGCACCACGUGUUGGGGUCUCUGCUGUACAAGAACUGCGUAGCCUUCUUGGACGACGUCUUAAUUUAUUCAGACAAUGAAGAACAACAUGUUAGAGACGUCAGGGAAGUGUUACAACGACUGCAGAAGCACCAGUUGUGGGUCAAGCUGGAAAAAUGUCAGUUUCACGCCAGAGAAGUCGAGUUUCUGGGGUACAAGUUGUCUGACAAAGGCUUAGCGAUGGACCCAAGCAAGGUGCAGGCAGUGCUGGAGUGGAAGGCUCCCAAAACACGGAAGGACGUACAGAGGUUCCUAGGGUUCAGCAACUUCUACAGGAAGUUCAUCAAGAACUUCGCCCACUUGACAGCGCCCAUCACGGAUUGUCUCAGUAGCAAAAGAAGUUUGUGUGGACAGAAGAGGCCCAGCAAUCCUUCGAAAAACUGAAGAAGGCGUUCGCAUCGGAAGAGCAACUCCUGCACGUAGAUCUGGAGAAACCCCUGAGGCUAGAGACCGACGCGUCCGACAGAGCCGUAGGGGCGGUCCUUUUGCAGCCAGGGAAGGGAAAGCAGGAAUGGAAACCGUGUGCCUUUUUCUCCAGAAAACUGAGCAAGUCGGAGCAAAACUAUACAGUGUAUGACCGCGAACUGCUGGCAAUCUACGCGGCCUUUCGUUGUUGGCGUCAUCUACUGAUAGGGGCGCAACAACAGAUCCAGGUUUGCACAGAUCACAAGAACUUGGAGUACUGGAGAACCGCACGAGUACUCAACCAGAGACAGAUUCGAUGGGCACAGGAGUUCUCCAAGUUCUUCUUUGAAAUCCGCUACGUGCCCGGAGAAGAAAACGUAAGAGCAGACGCUCUCUCGCGUAAACCGGAGUACCUGGAAGGAGAGGGGCCGCCGGAGAAACGACACGUGAUCCCCAAGGACCGAUGGGUGUGUGGGGGAACUUUGGUGGGGAAACGAGAACUAGCCGGGCUGACCAGAAACGACGUGUUCGCGCAAACUAAAAUCCGGGAACUACGAGACGGAAGAGGGACUCAAGAAGGGUUUGAGGAGAAGGAAGGGGUACUGUACUAUAGGUGAGCGCUGUACGUACCGGGGGAGACCCUGAGGGGAAAGGUACUCAAACAACUCCACGACAACCCCACAGCAGGGCACUUUGGACAGCACAAAACCAUGAUGCUUGUGACCAGGCAGUUCUGGUGGCCCAGGGUGAGGGAGGAUGUACGGGAAUAUGUACGGGGGUGCGACCGCUGCCAAAGGGCAAUCGGGCUGCCCCCACAGGAUUGCUGGAACCCUUACCCACGCCGGGGAAACCCUGGGAGGUGGUAUCCAUUGAUUUUAUGACAGAUUUGCCCAAGUCCCGGGGAAAGACAGCAGUCAUGGUAGUGGUCGACCUCCUGACAAAAAUGUGCCAUUUUAUAGCUUGCUCACAUGCUGUAACGGCAGAGGAAACAGCCCGGUUGUUUGUGGAGCACAUAUUCCGGCUGCAUGGCGCCCCCCUUGAGGGUUAUCUCCGACCGCGGAAAACAAUUUACUUCCCGGUUCUGGAGGAAACUCAUGAGCUUACUGCAGGUGGAGGUGGGCUUCUCGACGGCGAGACACCCAGAGACCAACGGGCAAGCAGAAAGAGCGAACAGUAUAUUCCAGCAAUACCUACGCUGCUAUGUCAGCGAGAGGCAGAACGAUUGGGUAGAAAAACUAGCGCUGGCUGAAUUCGCGUACAACAACGCGGAACACGUGUCCACGGGAAUGAGCCCAUUCAUGGCCAACCAUGGGUGUCAUCCCAGGGCCUUCCCGGGGAGUGGGGAGGAAAGCUGGAGCGUACCUGCCGCAGAGCAGUUUGUGGAAGAAAUGGAGGCCCUACACCAGCAACUUAAGAUGAACUUGGAGCGGGCCAAGGAAACUUACAAGAGGCAGGCAGACAAGCACCGCAGGGAAGGGGAGACCAUACGGGUGGGGGACCGGGUGUGGUUGUCCACCCAAGGGCUACCUUUCAAAGGGGGGUGCAAGAAGUUGCAGCCCAGACGGCUGGGACCUUUUGAGGUAACACAGCAAGUUAAUCCCGUGGCAUUUAAGCUCAAGUUGCCUGAUAGCAUGAAAAUACACCCGGUUUUCCAUAGGUCCCUGCUUUCACCGCAUAGGGAAGGGCGGGAAUUCCAGGGGCAAGAGGGAGAAGUCACCACACACCCGCAGGUAGAAGAAAGGGAACACCACCACAGGGCCACGGAAAUACUGGACUCAAGGUGGCAAGGGCGCCGGGUGGAGUAUUUGGUAGCGUGGGAAGGGGAACCCAGGUCCGAAAACACGUGGGUACCCACGGAAGCCGUCGAGGACUGGUAUCUGGUGGAGGUAUUCCACCGCCGGUUCCCGGACAAACCCAAACCCCUGGAGAGAUUCUGGGAGGAGCAAUUUGGAACCACAGAUGAGGAAGAGGUUUUUGAGGGAUUUUCUGACUCCGAGGAGGGAGGAGAGGUUUCGGAGGAAGAAACAUCAGACGGGGAAGACCACCCCGUUGGUAGGUGGAAGAGCGAUUGGGAAGCGGAUUUCGAACCCACAGAAGAUGGUGACAGUUCCUUCCGGGGUUUCCCCGCCUCCUCGGCCGACGAAGGGGACGAAGUUGGUCCCACAGGUCGGCCCAGGGGUGGAGGGGAUUCUGGGGGGGGAGGUGGAUGUCAGGGAACUGACAUCAGAGCGGGAGGCGAAGGGGAGGCUCCUGGAUGAUGCUGGAGAAGGACCCAGCAGCAGGGGGAGGCGACUCAGUGGAGGGGGAAGCAUUUAAGCGCAACACCAGGAACAAAAGUGAGCAGAUGGGAAAAUCGGAGAGAGGGCUCACGGACUCUUCACUGGAACUCAGUGAGGAGGGGACAGGUCCCCCACUACCCACGCCCACCCUGCGCAGAAGGCUCCCGCGCAGUGAGAGGCGGAGGAGAUUGGGUGUCAAACAACUCUUAUGUUGGAAGAGAUUCAAGAAACGCCCACUGACGGAUUCUGCUAGUGACUGAGACAGUCAUGAUGAGAAAGGGCUGUGCAGUCAGAAAGGUUUAACAAGGCAAAUUAGCCUAGAGAGGCACCAGUUUACGCACGAGUAACUCAUACUCAUUACAUUGGGCAACCUUGUUGUGUCCCUUUUUCAAUUUUAAGUUCUUCCGUCACCACAUUAUUUACAAUUAAUUUAGCCUUUUGUUGUGAAUAAAUUGCACUUAUACCAUUCUCAAAGCCUUGGCCUACCCCCAUGCCCUGCAGAUUCUUCUUCAUAAAGUUCCAAGAAAUGUUGUCAAAGGCUUUCUCCGCAUCGACAAAUAUCAAAACUGCUUUAGUGUUUAUGUUCACUUCUAGUUUUUCCAGAAUAUCAAUUAUAUUCCUCAAAUUGUCAGACAGAUGUCUUCCUGGGAGAAAGCCCGCUUGGUCUUUAUGAAUCUCUUCCAUCAACACUUUUUUAAAAUCUCUAGGCCAAAAUGUCAGCAAAAAUUUUGUAAUCCACCUUAAGUAAUGAUAUAGGGCGGUAGUUCUUAAGCUGUGUCUUUUCAGUCUCUGUUUUCGGUACAAGUGUAAUAUAUGCUUCUUUCCACGACUCUGGUGCUCUUUUCCCUCCAUUAUUUCAUUGCAGACCUCUUUCAAAGGUUGUAUUAACCAUUCUUUCAAGGAUCUAUAGUAUCUAGAAGUCAAACCAUCUGGUCCUGGAGAUUUACCCAAUUGCAUAUUUUGAAUGGCACCUUCUAUUUCCUGUUCAGUUAUUUUGUAGUUCAAAAUUAGUUUAUUUUCUUGAGAUAUUUUUUGUAAUCCAUUUGUUUUCAAAAAUUGAUCUAAAUCUGUUUCUUUCAAUGGCCCUUGUGUAUAUAGUUGUUUAAAGUACCUCUGGAAACAAUUUCUAAUCUCACCUGGGUUCUGUAUAUUCCUUCCUUCCACUUCUAAAUUUGUAACUGUAUUUAGUUUUUGUCUCUUUUUCAUUUGCCAUGCCAACAAUUUGCCACAUUUGUUAGCCGACUCAAAUGUCUUUUGUCUCAAUUGUUUAAUUUUCCAUUCUAUUUCCUGAUUCAUCAUUUUCAUAUAUUGUACUUGAUAUAACUUUAACUCUCUCAAAAUCUCUUGAGAUUUUGGGUUUACUCUCAGUCUUUUUUCACUUUCCUUUAUUUUGUCCAAUAUCUUAUCCUUCUUCUCAUUUUGAAUUCUCUUCUUUACUGCGUUCUGUUGUAUUAGGAACCCUCUCAUAACCGCUUUACUUGCGUCCCAGAUUACUCUUUUCUCCACAUUGGUGCUCAAAUUUAUCUCAAAAUAGUCUCUCAAGGUUUUUUGGGCCUUCUUAAGCACUUCUUCAUCUCUAAAUAAGGUGUCAUUCAUCUUCCAUCUAAAGGAGCCAGUUGGUGUUAAUCUCAUUUCCAUCUUGACAGCAUUGUGGUCGGAGCAAGUUUUCGGGCAGAUUUCCACCUUUCUUGUCUUUGGUGCCAUUCCUCUAGUUAUCCAAAUUUGGUCAAUUCUUGUCCAUGUCAUUUUGGCUUCAGAAAAGAAGGUUCCCUCUUUAGCCAUGGGGUUUCUUAUUCUCCAGAUAUCAACUAAGUCCAAGUUGUCUGUCAUGUCAAAAAAGGUUUUCGGUAGUCUACCAUCCUUGGUGACUACCUGUCUUUGUGCCUUUUCCAUAUAUGUAGAUACCACUCCAUUCAUGUCUCCCAUCAAAAUCAUGUUGUAAUCCAAAUAGUCCAUCAGGGUCUCAUGCAACUUCUUAAAAAAUUCAGAUUUCCCAUCAUUUGGUUCGUAGAUUCCUACUAUCAAAAAUUUUUCUCCUUGUGUUUGAAUUUCAAUUGCCACAAAUCUUCCUUGGUCAUCUUUAAAAAUAAAUUUCGGUGAUAGUCUGUCCUUUGCAUAAAUCACUACCCUCUUUUUUUAACUUUGUCCGAUGAAAUAAACUCCUGACCAAGUCUUUUAUUUAUCAACAAUUUCCUGUGUAAUCUUGUUAUGUGUGUUUCUUGUAGACAGAUCAAAUCCAAUUGUUCCUUUUUUAAUAAGUGAAACACUGAUUUCCUUUUCUGAGGGGAAUUCAAACCAUGACAGUUCCAGGUUAGUAGUUGCAGGGCCAUGAUGUAAUUAUUUUGGUUCUCCUCCAACGGCACCUUGUGCCUGUUCCUGUUCCGUCGGUGGUAUCACGUUUUUCAGGCGGUCUUUUAGUUCCAGAGAUAGUCCUGGUAUGUCUAAAGUUUCUCUUGCAAUUGUUCUUAACUCUCCUGUGACUUUCUUUUGUAGGUCUUCUCCGUGGUCUCUCCAAAAUUUGUCUUUGUCGUCUUCCGACCUUAUUUUCCUCUUCUUUCCUUUGUAACUAAAGGAUAGGCCUUGAGGAAAUUCCCACCUGAAGUUAAUUCUAUUACUUUUCAACAAAAUGACCAGGUCUUUAUAGUUAGAUCUGAGAUCCAGAAGGUGUUUCGGAAUGUCCUUAAAUAUCUCCACUCUUGUCUGAUGUAUUUCCAGUGUCUUCUGGAAAUGCAAACCCAAGAUCUUGUCCCUCUCUUCUUUUGUUCGGAGAGUAAUCAAACAGUCUCUCACCUUCUUUCCUCCUCCUUUUCCAAGUCUAAAAGCAUUCACUAUUUUGAAACUGUCUUUUGCCAAUUCUGGAUUCCAAAAUUCUAAGAAUUCCUGCGUAAGAAAAUCAACUAAAUUGUCUUUCUCCACUUCAGGUACUGCUCUGACCCUUAAAUUCACUUGUUUCUCUUUCAACUCAAUCAUAGACAGGGUUAACUUAUGGUCUUCAAGUUGUUUAUGUAACGGUGGUAUCUUCUCUUGAACCUCUGCAACAGACGCUGUAGCAAGUUCUUUAGCCUCUUCGGCAAUCUGACGUGUUGAGGCCGAUUCCUCUAAUAGUUUCUGAAUAGUCUCUGUAUUAGUAUUUACUUUCUGGCCCAAAUUAUUUAAACUUACUGUAUUUUGAUUAAUACUUGUAUUUUGAUUAAUACUUCUUGUAUUUUGAUCAGUCUUGUCUGAUGCCUCUGCUACUUGUUUGCUUAUUUUGUCCAAAGAUUCAUUAAUUUUAGCCAAAACCUGAGCAAAGGCGUCAUCACUUGCCAUACCUUUAGUUUUGGGUUGUGCCGAUGGGGCUGCUGUUGGAACUCCAGAGGGACCAGGGGUCAAAGCUCUUCUUUGUAGUCCACCGUCUGUUCGCAAUACAUUGCCCGACCUUGUUGCUUGUAGCGACUCUAAUUUCUCUUUCCCAUCUGCCAUCCCCCUCUAGAUAAAACUCAAGGUCAGUCACACAGUUGAAUUCAGAAUUGUUUUGAAGUGGAAAGUUCCAAGAAGACAGCGUGGGAAAAUCCUCAGGCCAGCUGCAAUUGUAACUAGUUGUAACAAGUUCCAAAUUCCACUAGGGGGACACUGUAACAGUCAUAAAGUUCUUAAAUACUUUACUUCUUCUUUAAGUCCCCCCAAUUCAUCAGAAAGAUAACAGUCUAUCUUAAACAGUUACUUUAAGACCAGGAGAUACCUAUCCACAAUAUUGUAUCCAAAUUGUAUUUCAAGUGCAGGGCUAGCUGUCAAAAUAUGUUCAAAGACAGUACCUUUUCUCCAGCUUUUUAUUGUCUCUGGGAACCUGUUCCCGGGGGAUUGAGCGGUGGUUUUUAUCUUCUUUUCCUCACUUCUUCUUAAAUAAAUAACAUUCAAAGCUCCCCCCCCUUCCCUCAAGUUGAGGGGGAAAAGUCCUGGUUAGAUGAUUGGAUUGAAGUCCUUUUAUGCGUCUUUUUAAAGCUUCCGCUUUCAAGUUCAAUGCUUUGUUUUAACUACAAAAGCGGGAGGCAGACUUCCUUUUUAUACCUCUCCGCUUCGGCCAAAUUCUUUUCAAAUUUGUACAGUUCCUUAAUUGCGUAAAAAUCCUACUCACGGAUCGUUGUUUUCAAAGCCAAAUUUUCAAGAUAGAAAGGCAGCUCUCUCCGGUAACAGCUGCGCGGCUUCACUCCACAGAAGAAGCAGACGACUCACAGCACAGCGCUACUUCCCCCGUUCCGUUCCGGAGCCCGUUGCCGGGUCCCUUCGCGGAUGGGGGGGGCGCAAAACGUGCCCGCCGAGUCCCAGGCUCACAGGCUUCACCCGCCUGUGAUUUCAAGGGUCCCCCACUACGCCGAAGCGGGAUCCGACCCUAUUUCCGUGGAGUGGUUCCCUCUGAAUUAGAGGGAAUCCGCCAUUAACCGAUGGCGCCACCUCCGGAAGUCCUAGCUAGGCCAAACUCUGAGGGAUCUGCAGCCAUGUACAAAACAUACGGUAGCAUAGCUAUUCAUUGCAAUAAACCUGAACGAGGGAAUAAAUUACUGUGAUAUGAAUUGAAUAAAAAUGUAAACCCUCUUCAGGCAUUUGGUAUCUCCAGAAUACAGUGGUACCUCAGGUUAAGUACUUAAUUCGUUCCGGAGGUCUGUUCUUAACCUGAAACUGUUCUUAACCUGAAGCACCACUUUAGCUAAUGGGGCCUCCCGCUGCUGCUGCGCCGCCGGAGCAUGAUUUCUGUUCUCAUCCUGAAGCAAAGUUCUUAACCUGAAGCAAUUUUUCUGGGUUAGCCCUUAGCUAUAGCUUGUUUAGCUCAUGCGUAAAUCCAGCACUGAUGACACCCAGCAGUCACAGAAUGUUUUGUGCAUGCAAUAGAGUAGCUGUAUCGGAUUAAGCCUGACACUGUGCCAGGUCUGCGUCUUCUGGAAGCUGCUGGGACCUGAGUGCAUUUUUUUUGCUGCUGCUUUUGAUGAAGGCCCCACAGAGACCUUGGCCUUCCGAUGAGAGUGACAGAAAAGCAACCCUAUUGCUUAAAGCGGGAGCAUAACAUGUUUGGCCAGACCAACGCUGGAAGUGUGUCAAAGGUCCCUGCAUUAGCAAACACUUAUACAACAGGAUCCCAGGUGCUCAUUUUCCCCCCUCUCAGAUCAAUUAUGGUACAGUGGUACCUUGGGUUAAGAACUUAAUUCGUUCUGGAGGUCCGUUCUUAACCUAAAACUGUUCUUAACCUGAGGUACCACUUUAGCUAAUGGGGCCUCCCGCUGCCGCCGCGCGAUUUCUGUUCUCAUCCUGAAUCAAAGUUCUUAACCCGAGGUACUAUUUCUGGGUUAGCGGAGUCUGUAACCUGAAGAGUCUGUAACCUGAAGCAUCUGUAACCCAAGGUACCACUGUAUUGAUAGCUGGAAGUUCCCCUGCAUGAAGAAUCACUUAUACAGUGGUACCUCAGGUUAAGUACUUAAUUCAUUCCGGAGGUCCGUUCUUAACUUCAAACUGUUCUUCACCUGAAGCACCACUUUAGCUAAUGGGGCCUCCUGCUGCUGCCGCGCCGCUGGAGCACGAUUUCUGUUCUCAUCCUGAAGCAAAGUUCUUAAGCUGAGGUACAAUUUCUGGGUUAGCGGAGUCUGUAACCUGAAGUGUAUGCAACCUGAAGCGUAUGUAACCUGAGGUACCACUGUACUUGGGUUUCUUCAAGAAGAAUGGGGAUCUGGAACGGUGCCAACCACACAUUCCUUAGGUAGGAUGGCCAGUGAGACUGGCCUGUGAAUUUUGGAUAGCCUCUUCACACACAAAAUAUAUAUAGAUACUGACUGCUUGAGUGGCAGAAAAACUGAAGGAAAUGGAGUGAGCCUUGUUCUAAUCGAGGUUAGCUGGGUCACCCCCUUUGCCUCCAUCUCAUUUAUAGGAUUUUAAUGCUUUGCCAACAACUUAUUCCUAAUAAAGAUCCUUGAAAUGUUUGCUCAGUCUGCAUUCUUUUAAUCGAGCCGAUGUAAUUUGCACAUCCUGGAAAUGGAACAUAGGUAUCAUUUGGUUUUCGACAGCACACUAAAUACUAUGAUCCGGAUCUCAGUGCAAAAACAUAACAAAAUGCAUAUAAGGUAGAUAUGCUAAGUCAAAACAUGCAUAAAAUGCACAAAGCAUGUACAAAAUGCACAUUUUGUGGGAGGGAAACUGUUUCAAAUAUAAUGCAAAUGUUCACGUAGUUUUUAAAGUGCUUUUAUCACACAUUGGGAUGGGAAGAACUGAUGAAUAAAACUUAAAUGAAGCACGCAAGAUUUAUCUGGACAAGAAAUCGACUGAUCCAUAAUUCAAUGACCACUACUUUCAACACUGGCAAUUUGAGGGCAGCGCCUAGCUUCCUGGUUUGCAUAACUUGUGGCACAUACAGCCCUAAUCUCCUACUGAGGGGAAUGCUGACAGGGAUGAGGGGGAAAUUCCAUUUAGUUUGCAUUGAAAGGCAAGUUUACCUAAUUCACACUUUCUGUUGCAACAUACCAACCAAAGCACAGACAUCCUUCAAAAUGUGCAAUUCUCUGAAUUUUGCAAUGCAAUUUUCCAGUCAAGCAAUGUUUACCAAAACACAUAUUACUAGGGUAAAGUGUGCGUAGAAAGGCAUAUAUUGGAGAAAAUGACAUAAAAAAUGUGUUAUAUUAGGGGAAUUAGUUUGCAGAGAUAUGAGUAUUGGGCAAAAUUGCAUAAAAAUGUAUAUAUUAGGAGGGACAUUCACACUAAAAUGCCUGUGAAUUUUCACGAGGAUGUUCUUUUAGAAAAUGACCAACUGAUGUGGAAAUGUGGGGAACUGAAUUUAAGAAGGGAAGAAAUGAGAAACUGAAAUGGACAGAUUUGCCCAUCUUUUCCAUGGUUUCCAGGAGGAGUGGUGUGUGUGUGUGUGCGCGUGCGUGCGCACACUUGCUGAAACUCCCCAUCACUCCAGCUUCAAGAAGGACAUUGACAAAGUGGAACGUGUCCAGAGGAGGGCAACCAAAAUGGUCAAAGGCCUAGAAACGAUGCUUUAUGAGGAACGGCUAAGAGAGCUGGGCAUGUUUAGCCUGGAGAAGAGGAGGUUAAGGGGUGAUAUGAUAGCCAUGUUCAAAUAUAUAAAAGGAUGUCACAUAGAGGAGGGAGAAAGGUUGUUUUCUGCUGCUCCAGAGAAGCGGACACGGAGCAAUGGAUCCAAACUACAAGAAAGAAGAUUCCACCUAAACAUUAGGAAGAACUUCCUGACAGUAAGAGCUGUUCGACAGUGGAAUUUGCUGCCAAGGGGUGUGGUGGAGUCUCCUUCUUUGGAGGUCUUUAAGCAGAGGCUUGACAACCAUAUGUCAGGAGUGCUCUGAUGGUGUUUCCUGCUUGGCAGGGGGUUGGACUCGAUGGCCCUUGUGGUCUCUUCCAACUCUAUGAUUCUAUGAUUCUAUGAUCAGCCUUCUAAGGCAAUAGUCUUUCUCUGCCCUAAUGCUAAGGCUGACCCUAGAUCCAUCAGGAGUUUUUCUCAUUCUACAGAAGCAAAUUUGUCCGCUUCAGUUUCUCAUUUUCCUACAGAUUAUUUGCUUAAUAAUAAUAAUAAUAAUAAUAAUAAUAAUUUAUUUAUAUCCCGCCCAUCUGUCUGGGUUUCCCCAGCCACUAUGGGCAGCUCCCAACACAAUAUUACAAACACGAUAAAACAUCAAAUAUUAAAAACGUCCCUAAAGAAACCGGAGCAUGAAAUCUGGAACAGACACACAGAACAUAAAAGCUGGAACAGACUUUGAGUUGCACAUUGCUAAUCUGGAUCCUGCUAAAGCCUACGUACCCAGGGUUGGAUUUAGGUUCGAUGAGGCCCUAAGCUACUGAAGGUAAUGGGGCCCUUUGUGUGUCCAGCUGUUCUUUGUCAACAACAAAUUGCCGCUGUUUUUUGUGUUGAAUAUAUGCUAUAUGGUAAUUUAUGGAUCUAAUAGGUAUCUAAAGCCAUUUGCACAUAAGGAAAUGUUUUUUAUCUUAUAUUUUGGAAAUGUACAUCCAGGUUUCUUUUCUUUUAAUUAUUUUGGGGGCCCCCAAGAGAGUGGGGCCGUUAGCUAUAGCUUGUUUAGCUCAUGCGUAAAUCCAGCACUGAUGACACCCAGCAGUCACAGAAUGUUUUGUGCAUGCAAUAGAGUAGCUGUAUCGGAUUAAGCCUGACACUGUGCCAGGUCUGCGUCUUCUGGAAGCUGCUGGGACCUGAGUGCAUUUUUUUUAUUUUUUUGCUGCUGCUUUUGAUGAAGGCCCCACAGAGACCUUGGCCUUCCGAUGAGAGUGACAGAAAAGCAACCCUAUUGCUUAAAGCGGGAGCAUAACAUGUUUGGCCAGACCAACGCUGGAAGUGUGUCAAAGGUCCCUGCAUUAGCAAACACUUAUACAACAGGAUCCCAGGUGCUCAUUUUCCUCCCCCUCUCAGAUCAAUUAUGGUACAGUGGUACCUUGGGUUAAGAACUUAAUUCGUUCUGGAGGUCCGUUCUUAACCUAAAACUGUUCUUAACCUGAGGUACCACUUUAGCUAAUGGGGCCUCCCGCUGCCGCCGCGCGAUUUCUGUUCUCAUCCUGAAUCAAAGUUCUUAACCCGAGGUACUAUUUCUGGGUUAGCGGAGUCCGUAACCUGAAGAGUCUGUAACCUGAAGCAUCUGUAACCCAAGGUACCACUGUAUUGAUAGCUGGAAGUGCCCCUGCAUGAAGAAUCACUUAUACAGUGGUACCUCAGGUUAAGUACUUAAUUCAUUCCGGAGGUCCGUUCUUAACUUCAAACUGUUCUUCACCUGAAGCACCACUUUAGCUAAUGGGGCCUCCUGCUGCUGCCGCGCCGCUGGAGCACGAUUUCUGUUCUCAUCCUGAAGCAAAGUUCUUAAGCUGAGGUACAAUUUCUGGGUUAGCGGAGUCUGUAACCUGAAGUGUAUGUUACUUGAAGCGUAUGUAACCCGAGGUACCACUGUAAUGCCUUUUGCUGUCCUGGAUAGAAGGGGAAGUGUGAAACUCCCCAUAGCAGUAUGUUUCAUUCACUGCUUCAAGGCUCCUCCUUUCUGCCUCCCACACUGGCUUACCUGCCCUCCAGUGGUCACUCUCCCAACAUCCCAAAUCCCUUAGGAACAGUUACAAAACAUGAAAACAACAGCAAGAAUAUGAAGCACCCAAACAAAACCACACAGAUAGUUAUGUUAUCUGCCACACACAUUUUGCGGGAGUUUUUAAGAAUGGAGAAAUGAGAAACCGGGAGAGGCAAAUUGGGAUUAUCACUCCAGACCAACAACAACUGCAUGAUCAUAAGUUUCCCAUCCAUUUCCUCUCCCUAUUUUUAGUUAAAGCCAUGGUUUUCCCAGUAGUGAUGUAUGGAAGUGAAAGCUGGACCAUAAAGAAGGCUGAUCACCGAAGAAUGGAUGCUCUUGAGAGUCCCAUGGACUGCAAGAAGAUCAAACGCAUCAAUUCUUAAGGAAAUUAGCCCUGAGUGCUCACUCGAAGGACAGAUUGUGAAGCUGAGGCUCCAAUACUUUGGUCACCUCAUGAGAAGAGAAGACUCCCUGGAAAAGACCCUGAUGUUGGGAAAGAUUGAGGGCACAAGGAGAAGGGGACGACAGAGGAGGAGAUGGUUGGACAGUGUUCUCAAAGCUACCAACAUGAGUUUGACCAAACUGCGGGAGGCAGUGGAAGACAGGGGUGCCUGGCGUGCUCUGGUCCAUGGGGUCACAAAGAGUCGGACACGACUAAAUGACUAAACAACAACAACAAUUUUUAGAAAACUUCUCUUAGGUUCCCACAACAUUCUGCUACAGGAUGCAUGGUGGCUGAACGCUGCGAACCAGAAAGCCCUGUUAUCAUCACUGUAGGAGUAUUUUUUUUAUAUUUAAAGUCUGGCAGAAGCAUUAUGCCUCAGCUGGAGCUUUUGAACGGGACCCAAGGGCAGCCCCAAAUGCAGCACAUUACAGUAAUCCAGCCUUGAGGUUACCAAUGCAUGGACUACAGUAGACUGGCUAUCCCUGUCCAGGAAUGGCUGUUUAGUUUUCCUGGCAUCGAGCGCCACCAGUUCACUCACGAGCUACUUCUGAAAGGGAUACGGAUGGCAAUACGAAAUGCAACAGAAGAAGUUGCACAGGCUGUGGCCCUGGAGUACAGCAAGGAAGGCCAGGAUCCAGUCCAGUAUUACAGGGCCUUGUCACAGUCCUUUCGUGAUUACUUCUUUUCGUGCCCAAUGGAUGAAUUCUCUAAGAAGCUGGAAGAAGUUGGGAGCCCUGUGUACGCUUACUACUUCAAGCACCACACCUCAGGCUCUUUUUGGCCUGAGUGGGUUGGGGCACCCCAUGAUGCUGAGCUGCCUUACUUGUUUGGAACCCUCGAGAAAGCUAUGGCCACCAAUCAAACUUACACAGAAGCUGAGGCUGAUCUGAGCCGCAGGGUGAUGCGAUACUGGGCAGAGUUUUCCAGAAGUGGGUAAGGCAUGACCUUUUCCUCGCUUGCCCUUCACCUUUAUACAGAAGGCAAGCCCUUUCAACCCUUAAAGCUGUGGGAUGUAAAACACAGGAGCAGUCAAUGACAACAUUCCUAGAGUGUACAUGUUAGAACAUGGGGAAGGAUGUCUGUCCAGCAAGCAGGUAAACUUCCUGGGGACGGACUUCCUCCGCAUGUGACCAGAGGUGGGUGUGGCCUCACCUGUGCAGGUAAAUGAUAAAAGCACAGGGCAGGCAGCCAUUCUCUCUCUUGUCUCUCUUGCCUCUCUCUGCCAUCUUCCUUCGAUGAGGAAACAUCUAAGGAUGCCCUCUUGGCUCUCAGCCAAGAGAGGAGGAAAGGACUAUCUUGCUAUAAGAUAGAUUCUGAGUGUAUUUUGCCUUUUUAAAGCUGUCUUUUUAAAGCCUAGAAUAGCAUUAGCCUUUCUUUGUGUGCUGCUGUUGACUCAUGUUGAGCUUGUGGUCCACUAAGACCCCUAGAUCCUUUUCACAUGCACUGCUAGUAAGCCAGGUGUCCCCCAUCUUAUAUUUGCGCAUCUGGUUCCUCCUGCCUAAGUGCAGAACCUUACAUUUCUCCCUGCUGAAAUUCAUUUUGUUGGCUUGGGCCCAGUUCUCCAAUCUGUCAAGGUCAUUUUGAAUUCUGAUCAUGUCUUCUGUGGCAUUAGCUAACCCUCCCGGUUUGGUGUCAUCUGCAAAUCUGACGAGGUCCAAAUGUGUUCCUGUGAAUAUCUGGCCUUCAGAAUUCUCCAGCUCUCACUGGCUCUGUUUCGCUCCUCAAGUGUUUUUUUGCCUGAUUGUGAUAUCUCCCCAAACUCUGAUAAUGCCUUCUGCCUGGAUGGAAGAUGGAGAGCAGUAUAUUGGUGUUUAGAGCUAUAUAUUUGUUUUACAUCCUCUGCAGGAAACCAACGGGGUCAGCUGCCGGCGAGGUAGAGUGGCCGCUCUACAAUGCCACACAGCAGAACUUCUUCCACCUAAGCACUGAGCCAACCCAGGUUGUGGACAGGUCACCUGUGCAACACUGCACUUUCUUCAAUACACUGAUAAGUGAGCUCUGUUCUUUGCCUUGCAGUAUGGGUGUGAGUGGACUGCGGUGGGGCUAAGACCUCAUAAGACAAAUGCUUCUAAUGACUGUACUGUAGCUGGCAUCACCUACAGCUGAAAUGAGAUGCUACUGGCCCCGGGCUUCUAGAACAGGGAUUGCCAAUGUGAUGACCAUGGAUGCAAUGGUGUGGGUACCCAUGGCUGUACUCUCUACCCCUCCAUCCUUUGGCCAUAAGAUGGUAAGUGAGGUUACCUUUUGUCCUGUGAAAAGCCAAGAACUGAAGGAGGAAGCUGGAAGAUUGAGACUCUUUCCCACUUCCUCUCUCACUUCUAUGAGAAGAAACCAGAGCUGGGCACGCACUCCAAAAUCCAGAUGUGGAUAUAUGCCUAAAUAGGUCGGCGACUCUUGUUCCAGAGUCUUCAACAUCUCAUUUCCAGAUUCAAACUUUUCUCUGGCUUUCUUUCUUUCUUCUUCUCCUUCUUCUACAGACAAAUUGAAAGAGGAUUCUGCUGCUUCACACAAGGAGGAGGACGAGAAAAAGGAAUCCACAACACAAUAGAGGGAAUCUCCAUGAAAGGUCAUUAGGACUACAGAGGAAAUGAUGGAGCUGGGGAGUAUAGAAGGAUGAAUGAAUGAAUAGAGAAUGAAUGGGUAGACCACACCGAGCAGUUGAGAGGAGGACAUUUUCUCCCCUCUCUGUCAUCCGGCUUAAUGGUUUGCAUGGCCCACAGCUAAAAUGGCUUCCUUCUGCAACCUGUGCCUGGAACCAUGUUUUAAAUGUGAACAUGAACACCUGUCCAUUUCCCCACAUCAGGAAGGCUUUGUGCUGCAGCCCAAAGGGAGCUGAAGUAGACGAGUGCUUUCUUCUGUUACCCUCUUCCUCAUCUUGCCACAUUUCCACAUGCUGAGAUAUGGGUGGCGCUGUGGUCUAAACCACCAAGCCUCUUGGGCUUGCCGAUCAGAAGGUCGGCAGUUUGAAUCCCCACGAUGGAGUGAGCUCCCAUUGCUCUGUCCCAGCUCCUGCCAAUCUAGUAGUUCGAAAGCACACUAGUGCAAAUAGAUAAAUCGGUACGCUGUGGCGGGAAGGUAACCGGCGUUUCUGUGCGCUCUGCUUUCCGUCAUGGUGUCCAUCCUGUCCUGAUGAGCGCCACACCCCAUAGUCUGAUUCGACAGGACUUAACCAUCCAGGGGUCCUUUACCUUUGCCUUUACCAUAUAUAUAUAUAUAUAUAUAUAUAUAUAUAUAUAUAUAUAUCUCCUCAUGAAAAUUCAUCCGCAUUAUAGUGCUACUUUAUUCUAAUACACUUUUUUUUGUCUGCAUUUUGCCUAACACACACUUUUUUUUGGCUAAAUGCAUUUCUCUCAUUCAUGCCUAUAUUGCAUUCUGACCAAACCACACUCAUCUUUUCAACAGGUGUUGCUUGACUUUGUGUCCCUCGAUUAUGAAGCAUCAUUACCAAGUGACCUAGAAGAAAACCUGACAAGGACUUCCAUGCUGAUAAAAACCCACUGCUUCCUAUGAUCUUAACACACUCACAACCAAUUGAAAACACACCUUUUAAUGUGUCUGCAAAAUUUUGAACUUCUAGCAAAGUAACUGUUCUGCUGCUUUGAGAUGUUGGUUUCAAUAUCUUUGGCAGAUGUAGAUUCCUGAAACAUCUAAUAUACAUUUCCUUUUGAUAUUAGCAAAGUUUAAGUUACUUUUGCUUUGGUCCUGAUGAGUGAUAGUUUGAUUCCUGUAGUUCAAAGCUAACAACUUCAUUCUUCCACCUGUUCCCCCCAAAUAAUCAUCAUAAUACAUACCACAAUGCCAUGCCUCUUUCACAGUAAGAUAACCUUCAGGCUUCAGAAAACAAAGACCACCAGUUUAGCCAUUUCUCACUAGGGUUAUAUUCUUUCACCAACCAACGGAACAAAGUAAAUGACAUAGGAAACAGACAGGAACUUGUGGGAAAGAGACAAUAGAACAAAUCCAUGUCGGUGUUAUAAGAAAUUGCUCAACCUCUUUCCUCUCCUUUAGGAUGCAUUGGCUAAAAUGAGUACAAAGCCACUUGAUUUUCAAUGGUUAGCUAGCUCUCCAAACUCCAGUAAUAAACUCAACACCCUCAAGGAACCAAAACGUGCUUUGCUUCAGGACACAGAUGCCCCUCUUCUUCCCUUACUUACUUUACUUUCAGUGUCAGUUCUGUGGCAAUAUGGUCACACACACUUUCUGUAGACUUUUGGGAAUAGUUAGGAUUCCUUUGCUCUUUAAAAUCAAGGUGUGUUGGUGUGGCAAGAGCUGCUGCCUGCCUUUAGGGUAAUUUUGCUCUCUGAAGUGGCAUCCAUAUAUUCUGAAACUUUCAUUUCAUGCAAUAAACCAGUCUUUCUUUGCUCCUCUUGUGUAUGAGUUUUCUUGCGGGGGAAAGGUUAACACGUAUUCACACCAUAACUCUAGCAAAAGAUCCUGAAAUCCUUUUGGGCUUAAUAUUGGGAGUCUGCAUAGAAGACAUGUGGUUGCAGGCAAAGGAAAACACUUCACAUCCACCACCACGAUGUCAGAUGUCAGGUGAUUAAGAGUUGGGUAGCCUCACCAACAGGGAUGUGGGUGGCGCUGUGGGUUAAACCACAGAGCCUAGGGCUUCCCAAUCGGAAGGUCGGCUGUUCAAAUCCCCACGACGGGGUGAGCUCCCGUUGCUCGGUCCCUGCUCCUGCCAACCUAGCAGUUUGAAAGCACAUCAAAAUGCAAGCAGAUAAAUAGGUACUGCUCCGGCGGGAAGGUAAAUGGCAUUUCCAUGCACUGCUCUGGUUCGCCAGAAGCGGUUUAGUCAUGCUGGCCACAUGACCUGGAAGCUGUACACCGGCUCCCUCGGCCAAUAAGGCAAGAUGAGCGCCGCAACCCCAGAGUCGGCCACGACUGGACCUAAUGGUCAGGGGUCCCUUUACCUUACCUUAGCCUCACCUACAGUCUUUUAUGGAUCCAGCCUGGCUGGUUUCCCUAUCCUUGAGGCAGAUGUGUGAAAGAACUGGGGCGUACUGGGGAGGGAACCCAAAAACAAACAGCAACUCACAUUUUCCUAGAAAACACAGAACGUGUUCAAAGCCAGGGUCCGGAAGGUGAAUGACUGCAGCUUGUUUGCUGAAAGAACCCCAAGGUCAGCAAAGAGAGCUGUACUCUUCGUGCUGGUUAGCAGAACAGCUUUUUAAAAAAUCUCUUUUGGGAAUUGUUGGGCAGUAGAGAGAGGCCAAGGGGACAGCGCCCUCCUACUGUGCCCUUAACUGAAAAAGGGGAAGUUUAUAAUAAAUGUGGUUGCUAUGUUAUAGACAAAUAUGUGUGCCACACAAUUUGGCGGUGUGGUACAAGAACAUUUAUUUAAGCUGGUGUGUGUGUGUGUGUGUGUGUGUGUGUGAGAGAGAGAGAGAGAGAGAGAGAGAGAGUCAUAGAACAGAAUCAUAGAGUUGGAAAGGACCAUGAGGAUCAUCUAGUCCAACCCCCUACAGUGCAGGAUUCUUCCACCUAAUGUGAGGUUCGAACCCACAACCUUGAGAUCAAGAGUUUCAUGCUCUACUGAUAUGUACUAGAUAAUUAUUAUUUUUUAGUGGAACACUGCCUGCUUUACUUAUUUAUUUAGUAGAGCAUUUAUAAACAAACAUAUAUGGCAGAGUGAUGCGAUAUUGAGCAGAGUUUGCCCGGUAAGGCAUUAACUGUCCUUCUCAAAUGCACAAUGGCUAUUAUCUUCCAGAGGGUGGUCACAUUCAGAUGGUGAUUCAGUCUCCAGCAAGAGUUCAGGUUCAAUGCAAGAGUCAAGUUAAAAUAUACCUUCCCCCCAAAACCAGAAGCGUUUUUGCUGGAUCUAGAAGGACCUUACUCAUUGGUUGCAUCCCCAAACUGACUGUGAGAAAAGCCUGAUGGGACAGGCUGCCAUUGGCGUAUCUGGACCUUUGGAGAAGCUGGAGCAUUCUAGAUUAGAAUCUAUUUGUGUAUUAAUCCCCAUUUUCUUAAUCUGUUGCUGAUCCACUAGUUGUUAGUGGAAUAAAUCUCAUUGCCUGCACAUGCCUUAGGAAUGGGUGUAUAUUCUUGGAAAGCUGCUUCUCAAAAUCCAAAACCCUGGAAUUGGAGUUCCAGGUCACUCUUUCCCUGUAUCUGUGGACAUUUGUAUCACUCCAUGGCUAAAGGACAGAAGGAUUGAAAUAACUUUGGGCUUCAGCAGGUGAAGCCGACUCCUGGCCCAUGACAAGCCCUUUGUGCUGACAGAAGAAUCACACAAGUUUUCACUUAAGCACUGCAUCUUGUUCUGAGAGCCAGGCUACUGGUUGGUUGUAUUUGUGGACACUGGUAUUACUCCGUUGCCAAAGGACAGGAGGAUGGCAAUAACUUUGGGCUGAAUCCUUUUAAGUUCUACUCAGAGUGGACACACGCAAAUCAAUGGUCCUAUCAUAGUCAUGUCCUUUAAUUGGAGUGGAUCUCCUCUGAAUAUGACUUAUUUUGGAGGCAGCCCGUUGUCUCCCCCCCCCCGCACCUUCUCCCAAUUUAUGUAAAAGCAAGGCCUCUCUGACCCCUGACAUACAUUCGGAUGCUGCCAAGGUGUAGCCUCCUCCCACUGGGUGAGCAAAGCCAGUUGGUCAUUGACUUUUGCUUACGUACAGAUGGGCAGAUGCUCCCACGCCCAGGUGUUUUUCAUAAGAGUCUCUGGAUCCUCAGCAGUACCUAAAUUUCCUCUUCAGAGUGAGCUGCAGAGGAUACUGAGGAGCAGGAGAACCCCAUCAGGGUGAGUCUGUAAGGAACAGAAAUGUGAUGUGAGCUGGCCAUGGGGGAUGACUCAGAAAAUUACCAAAAACUGGAACCACAGCAACUCUAGACCACAAAUCAGAGUGCCUCUAAAAAAUGAAUGAGAAAGGGAGAAUAGGUAGAAGAUCUGCCAUAGGAAUGGAAAUCAGAAACGGCAGAAGUAAUCAGUAGCAUAGAUAUCAAAGAAAGGUGAGUCCCUAAUAGAUACAAGGGAGACACAGAUACACAAGCACACAGAAGUAAACAACCCAGCCUUGGGGAGAGGGGGUGGGAAUGUACAGUUUGCUGUACUUAGCCUUGAGAUGGGAGUCUGAAAGGGCUUAAAAAAUAAAAGUCUUGUGUCUAGGAAUAUUUUUCUGCAAAAGCAUCAGACAGCUUGUCAAAAGUGUGAACUUCAUUAGUAGACCCUAUUUAAAGGAAUUGGUCAGUUAGCCACAGAAUUGCUUUGCUGAUUUUUCUCAUCUUCUUUUAAUUACACAACUGCUUUUGGGGGGUCCUAGCUUCAUGCAGGGAAGAUUGGGGGCAAAGGGGAGGCUGCCCUGCUUGAGCUCCUCCUCCUGGUGCCACGCAUGGGCAAAACUGGGCGGUGGCACUGCCACUGUCCCAAAAGCUCCGCUUUUGGGGGAAGCAGAGGCUUUUCAGAGGGGGAUUGGGGCCUGAAGGGGGUGCGCAGGACAGGCAGCGGCCUUGGCAGGCUUUCCCAGCAGCCCAGAAAGUUGGCCUAUGUGAAGAAAAUGAGACUAGGCCGAGUAGAUUCGGCCUUGCCUUGCCUUCGCCCCGCCCCCAACCCAGCUGGCCAAUCGGCUGCAUGCAGGAGGCGGGGUGAAGGCAAGGCAAGGCCUAAUCUACUCAGCCUAGUCUCAUUUUCUUCACAUAGGCCGACUUUCCGGGACCCGGGAAGCCCGGCAGAGGUUAGGGCAUUAGGGUGGUUCAUAAAAAACUUUUUUUAAAAAAAUGCCUGCUCCAAAGGUCUUAUCUUACUUAUAUAUAUAUGAUCUUACUAGGGAUUGUAUAGCUAUAUCUGAAAUUUCAUGAAUAUCAGUUAAUAUCUUGACCCUGCUCCACUGAAUUGAAAUUUCAGCCUUCACUACAUACGAAAACGGCUGAGUAAACAGCUAUUUUUGUGGAGGAGGGUCAAGAUACUAACUGAUAUGCACGAAAUAUCAUAUACAGUGGUACCUCGGGUUAAGAACUUAAUUUGUUCCGGAGGUCCGUUCUUAACCUGAAACUGUUCUUAACCUGAAGCACCACUUUAGCUAAUGGGUCCUCCUGCUGCUGCCGUGCUGCACAAUUUCUGUUCUCAUCCUGAAGCAAAGUUCUUACCCAAGGUACUAUUUCUGCAUUAGAGGAGUCUGUAACCUGAAGCGUAUGUAACCUGAAGCGUAUGUAACCCAAGGUACCACUGUAUAGCUAUAUAAUCCCUAGUGUAGUAAGUUAAGACCUUUGGAGCAGGCAUUUUUGUAAAAAAAAAAUUUUAUGAACUGCCCUAGUUGGGCAGUAAUUGUUCCUUGAUAAUUUGUCACACCCCCCCUCCAUGAUGGCACCUGGGGUGGCCUGCCCCCCCUGCCCCCCUUCCUACGCUGCUGCCCCAUGCCUCUCCUAAUUCUGAUUCUUUCAGCUGCAGCUGCUAUGCCUUGUUUCCGGACUUCACCCUCCUCCUUGUGCCUCCUCCUCUUCCUCCUGGCUUCCAGCUCUGCUUCUGA